AUGCCCUUUCGCAAACAUAACUACGACUUCAUGUUGGACGAUGGAUUGGAUACACGAAUCCCCGUCUACAGUGAUGAAGUCUUCAAGCACGGAAUUCAUUUUUGCGCCAAAGUGAGUGCAUCAUUUCCUUUUAAAUUACUGCUUAACGAUAAAUUCACAAACUCACUCUUUUUAGGAAUAUCGUUAUCCGAUCUUUUGUUUCACACUUUGUAAUCCUUACGCAAUUCAGAGAGAAACUUUUCGCAACUAGGUCGGCUCCUAGAGGCGAUAGCGUCCUAGACUACCUUGUGAGGUUUUUCAGCCUGAUACAGAAUUCCGUCGUGUCCGGUAUGGCGUCCGCGAUUGCCAUAGCUAAAGAAACUCUGGUAAAACUCAUCCGAUGAGUAACGUUUUGUCCUAAAACUAACGCACGAUAUCGCGGCCUCGUAAAAAGAAAGAAGGAGAGCACUGGUGAUAGGGGGUUUUUACAGGUGGAGCCGGGAAACGCACAGGCGACGAAGUCGAGUAAUUGUUUUCAAGAGAAAUGCUAUUGGGAAUGUGCGGUUGUACUUUGAGUGGUUGAGAAAUAGUUGUCCUAACCCUAACCCCUAAUCCUAACCUUAACCCCUAACGGGUGCGCUGCAUAACCACAUCUUACUCAAACAUUUAUCUACUCCCUACAAUAUGUUCGGUUGCCCGCCCGUUAGCCAACUCUCCAGGACUUCGGAGUCAUUAAUUGGGUGACAACCGAAAAAGUCGAAAUACACGUACAGGGUGCCUGGCCUUCUUAUUUGUCCUCCUCUGUUUAGCACAUACUCUUGUCUGAAUUACGAAAGGGAUCGUGGAAAGCCCUCAUAUACCCGUAGUUUUUUUGAUGAUCCAGUUGAUGCGUUAACUCCGCAUCAAGUAUUGGGUCGUGUGGCGAUGGUCGCCAUCUCAAAAAAGUGUGCGCUGGGAUUUUGAAAAGACUUCUUUACGCUGACAUUGGGAGGCCUUAGAAGCGCUAUAGUUGCGGAUACGAGCGUGACCGUUCAUCCAACAACCGUGCGCUGACAAGCCCAUGAUUCCAGCUUGUGAUGUCGACAAACAGGUUUUCUCACCAGUAAACUUCCCCAAUAAGCAACACCGUGGAAGGAGUGGAAUACAGUUAUCAAGUGUAGUAAUCCGAAAAACCCAAUCUUAUGGUAUGCGCUACGCAAAGGAAUCUACACCUUAGAGGCUAUCCUUGUUGCUUCGUACAGAAGGCCCGAGUGACAUUGAAGCCCACCUUGGUUUACCACCUCACAUGGAACAUAGGAAGCUGUCUGGGUUACGAAAGCCUGACACUGACACUGCCAAGGAGGACAAAGUAAACGGACUCGGUGGUCCUCAAGGGUCACAAGAAGAGAAGUUGUGUGGGAGAUGAUUCCGCAUUUUUGAUGGUCGCUGCCAGCUGCAGCAAGUUGCUAUGUCGACGCUAGGCCCCUGCACGAAAACCUCCCCGAAACGGGCGCGUUCAGGAGGUAUGUUGGUAAAUUAUUGAAGCAGGCCUUCUUUGUGCGCCAUUGUAUGUGCCCUACAAAAAUGUGAUUGGCUGUCGAGGGAGAUAUCGCCGAAUUUGAGUAACUGUAGAGGUCGCGAGCCAAAAGGAAGCUAUUGCCAAUAGAAGCGAAGAGACGAGUCCCAGGAAGUAGUCUUGAAGAAGGAGACACGAUCGCCGGGACAAGAGCUUUAUUAGCCUGACGUUUCGGAUUCCUACUUGAAUCCAUCAUCAGAGACAAAAAAGCAGAAACGGGUCUGCUUUUUUCUCUGAUGAUGGAUUCGAGUAGGAAUCCGAAACGUCAGGCUAAUGAAGCUCUUGUGCCGGCGAUCGUGUCUCAUUUUUCAAGGAAGCUAUUGUUAUUUGGCAAAUUUUCCGAAUAACUCUGUGCAGACACAGUCUACCGAUGGCACUGAUUCUUCUAAAUCACGCCGUUUUAUAGCAUACAUAGGUCACUUGUGGUUUAAAGCGAGAAAUGAUUGCUCUGCUGUUGAAAUUCUUUAAAAAGAGUGAAAUAUUAUUUGUCGUCAGUACUGGUCACUCAGGUUCAUAUGCAUGGUCAGGAGGUCAUGCCCAAAAGAGGACAAUUUAGAACGGUGUCAUAGGCGACGAAAAGAAUUUCUGUUGGAUCUUCCGUCACAAGUAUCCAUCAAGCGUGUCGUAUCAUUGGGAUCAGACGAUGGUUACAAACCAGUUUAAAACCUAUUCGCUUGCGUUUACUUCAGUCAUCAAUUUAUCUUUUUUAUAACGCCAGAUUUCUCAUCUUACAACUGCGUUAACAGCCAAUAAAUAUAUUAGUUUGCAUAGUUUAUCACCCGUAGGAUGCUUAUAUUAGACAAUUCUUCUACGAAGGUUUUCCCCGCGUUGUGUCUUAUUUAUAAGCCCGAACACUGUUCACUAGCCCGUAUAACUUCCUCUAAGGACGGCAUUUUCGGUUGUUUCUUUCGCAAAUCAUCAGUUACCUUUAGAAGGAGGCAAACUUUAUAACCUCUACUUGGUUAACAAGCACUUACCGGUGAGGAAGAGUGCAGAGCUGGGGAUGCAUUCUAUUAACUAUCCCCGACGUUAAUGCAAUGUAAUAAGUAACAUGCUGCCUGUAUAUAACCUGGUAGUUUUAUUUCCUAAUUACGACUCCGGAGAUUGUUGGCGUGAGCGCGGUAUUCCUACGCUACUACCACUUGCCGGCUUUCAUGUGUAGAACUUCAAAGGCAUGGCGCCUGAAACAUCGCUGCAGGGUGUUUUUCGCUUCGAAAGUAUUCGGAAAUGGUCAUCAGUCGGAAACUUUCCCGAAUUUGUAGCUCUAGAGAAUGCUCGUGUCUAAUGUGCGGGAAUAAAUUAACUACGGUCUCUCUACAAUGAUCUUUCAAUAAGUUUACAAGCUACAAAACUCUCUUUUAGAUCCUGGUUGCUUGGGAAAUUGCAUUAUCUUCUUGCUCGACUUUUUUAAACCUUGACAUUGCCUGAGGAAAAUCCAAACUCAUUUACAGAAGCACACCACGCAGGUUUUGUGCGAGCGAUGUUUCCGUCUUCCGAACAGUCGGGUUAUCUGAUUCGCCCUCGUGGGAGCUAAAGCACACGACCACCGUCACUGUUGAAAACAUUAGCUACAGUAAAGCUGACGAGUGAACUUUUAAAGCGCAUUCCUAAUGCCCUAUCUAUUACCGUAGGCUGGUAUGUAAAGCUCCUAGCAAGCAAUACUGAAUUCUAUGUUUCAAGAAGACGGUUCCCCACAUAAAUACAAUAAGGCAGUCCAUUACACAGUUGAAGACAGCUGCGUAUUCCCAUCAGGCAAACCCGAUGCGCACUGACGUUGCUGCCGAUGGUGUAGGUCCAGGAAUGGACUUUUUGCUAUAUACUUCUAAUUCUUAUACUUCUGACCCUUACUCUGAAAUGACUUUGGAAAUAGGAAAUACUGGGCUAAUUUAGUAAAGCUUCAGGGCGAAAGUUACCCUUCGUAGGUGAGCAAAAUAUGCCCUGACUCAAGCAAAAAUUACAGACCAUAUCAUUGUUUGCGUGAGCUGUUGACUUAGCACAAAAACUUGCAAGCGUUGACAAUUGACGAUGUUAUGAAUUAUUGUAAACAACUCAAGGAGUGUUCGGUUUCCGCCAUCCAAGUUCACAGCUUCCAUUCCUGAAUCGGAAAUUUCCCUGAGGGUUCAGUAGGGAUUCGAAAUAGCGACUUACUAUAGAAAACUUACAGGCUGGGAGAUUAUUUGCAUUUGAGCUGUUAUAUUACGAACCUUCUCGAAGUAUAAUUGCCUGGCAUACAAAAACUGGUCAACAAAUCUGAAGUUCUCGGUAUUUAAGCGUCUACAGAGGGAUUUCAGACGCUGUUCUUCCCUAGGUCUUUCUUUCUAACUAUACGACUAACAAAAGGCCAUCCUAAAUGCAUCAACCUAACAAAAACCCUUGGAAAUUUUGGCAAAUGUGUCCGAAAAUAGCGGAGAUUGCAAUGGAAGAUAAGUCAGUGUAUAUGGUGUCUAACUUCACUUUUUUUCUUCGUUUUGUCUCCAAUUGCUUAACAGACUUCCAUUUGAGGCGACCGGUGGAGUUCGUCAGUAAAAUCCUUGCAGCCAUUUGAAUUUUAUAGACAAACAAGUCAAGCUCAGCCAUGCUACACCUGUAAACAUUGAAGAAGUCAAAAUCGGCAAGGGCACAUUUUCGAUUACUUAUCAGACGCGCUCGUUGAUAUGCGUCAUUGAUGGACAGAGGAAGUUGGAAAAGUACUCAAACCUGCCGAUUGCAAGGCUGGCGGUCGAAGGAGGGGGCUUAUGAUUAUCCGGACUUGCUAGACUGAGAGAUAGGGAUUAUGAUCUGGUUCCGAGGUCGGGGCACAGGGGAAGGGUGGGUUUAUACCUUAUCACUGUAAGGCGACGUGAUAAGAUGGGGCUGGAAAUAGUUAAGGGCCACCUCGCGUCAUGGCACCUCCGAUGUUUAAGUGAACUCCUCCUGUGAACAGAACGUUAAGCUGGCCGGCUGUAUGGUCACUGCCGCUGAAAUUUGGAGUGUAUCGCUGACACUUUGCAGAUGCCUCGAAAUGCCCGAACACCGGCUGUCAGUCAGGAGAGUUAUGUUUCCACAAGAGAUUAAACUCCAAAUUCCAGUUGGGGAGGUGCUGUUGAACCCGCUCGGACCGAUACCUGGUCAAUGUAUCAGCAUAACCUGCCGCAAAGAAGGAAGUGCAGGCGUGGAUGCACGUCGAACAGAUAUGAAAGGACAACUCAUCCCUACUGUUAAGGUGAAGCAUCGGAGUGCUUCAGAAAACCACCUUAUGUACUCAUCAACCACAACUGAGUCCAAAAAAUUAGUUAUUUUAAGUCCUGCAGUAGCCGUAAGUUAAUUUAAUGUGGACGGGCCUAGACUGAUGAAAAGUCUCUGACCGGUAGAGCCAGAUACGUUGCGAAUAAUUCGCCUUCCGGAGCAAUUUUACUAUGCAAAUAUCCCCUAGACACAACCUAAUGAAAACAAUUUUUUGAAACCACAGACAUUUAUCUCAUAUGACACGAAGAACCGGGGUUAACUUACGGCAUGUUGCUUGGAAUAGCUAGUUUGUUCUGUUUAUAAUCGGGUGUGACAAGUUUUUUACUUCUGGGUGAAGUUCUGUGGAUUAAUCUAACUGUGUGUUUCGGCUUAAGCUUUGAAAUUGCUACUCGAUUAUCCUAAAAGAUCACAUUUUUAGUUUUUGAAAGUUUAGGCAUUUAAAAUGCCAUAUAUUAGCUUGUCUCAUAAAUAGAACUGCAGAUGAUGUACGUAUGGGAAGAAUUUACCCUAAAGCCUACAUUUCACGGUUACAGUGCGGCAAUAAAACUAGGUCUAGUGGGCAAAUUGUAUCAUCAGUCGAGCAAACUGCGCAGGAUAUUCAUUCCAUUCGAGCACGGCAGACAUUUUGGCGACUGUAUGGGAGGGGGGGGGGAAGGGGUCGUGAUCUCAAUAGGGUCAUCGGUAUGCUCCAACUUUGCGUUAUCUGGUGUGCGCCUCGUUUGGCCAAGAUCUAUGGGUGUGACGCCGAUGGGCGGAGAUCGCAUUUUUCCGAUAGCAACCCCCCCCCACACACUGCGAUAUGUAAUCCUCCUCCAUACCCACUACCCUACGCCCUCCUUCGCCUCCCUCUCCCCUCAUCCCGCAUGAUCCGUUCUUGCGGCUACGCAAGUGGCUUCGUUUUCUAAUGCUCUCUCUGUUUCUCUAGACCGGUCAGACUUCGCCCCCUGCCAGCCUACAACGCCACCUCCAGUUAACGCGAAAACAGCUCACUCCCAUGGCGGCAUACAAAUGCCCAGCGCGCGUACACACGUCUGCGCACAUGCGAAAAAUGUGUGUGUGUGUGGGAGCAAAAAUUCGUUUGACAGUCAUGCACGUGGGGCAGCGGUGGCCAUUGCGCACGCCAUACGACCGCGAUUUGCAGAUGAGCAGAUAUAUAUAUAUAUUGGAGUGGGUUCGCCGCUGCGAUGGCCUACGCCGCCGCCGCCACCGCCACCGCUGCUGCGCACAUCUGCGGUAUGAUAACAUCUCUCGCUCCGGUCUUUUUGCCCUCGCAAUAACUCAAUUCCUGAACACAGGCUCCUGCUCACGGUCCCCGAGACACGGAGGGGGUUGCGUUGUAGGGCGGCGCUGAACCAAAACCCACAGACUUGUAUGUGCGGACGGGGGGGGGGAGAGGGAGGGAGAAAAUGUGCGUGGAUGGUUUCACCAUGGCGUCACCUCCCACAAACAGGCAGGCACACGGGCCUGGCGACCGGGAACAGCUAGUAGCACAAAACGAGAUUUUCGAGAGACUUCUGCUUCUGCGUAGUCCUUCUAAUGACUGCUGGCCAGGUGGACUAAACGCAAACCGCUCUGUUGACGUUUACAGCUUCGCAAUAAAUCGGUGCUCGCCUGAUUUAUCAGGAUGUACAACUUUGAAGCGACACCCCCAUCCCUUAUCUGGGAUUAAAAUGAGGUUUUACUAACGAAUGAGUGGAAAUUACAGACAACAUAUAUAUAUAUAUAUAAAAUCCUUGACAGCUUUCACUAUAAUUUGUAUGCAGUAGAUCUAAUCUUAAUAGGAGUGGCUCCGGGCACAUUAUUAUACAGUCACCUGCAUUUACGGUAUGCCGUCUUCCGUAAAAUCUUUAGACCAGAGCUGCAAGGCAGAAUAAUACGUCCUCAUAGCAGUUCACUUCGUUGGGUGCUUCCUCUAAGAAGUGACACUGGUCGUCAUUGCAAACGCAGGCGAUAACUGUUUUACAGAAAUUGGCAGCCACACUCGUACCCUAAUCACCAGAGACGCGUCAAGCCAGGCCAACGUGGGAGUGGUAGCUAGGAUGAUUUCCCCAUCCCCUUGGCAACCUAGCAGAAUUACUCCCGAUCAGCGCAUCUGCUAAGGUCGUUAAGCGCCCAGAUACGGCGUAUUUGCAACUAAUUUAACUAAGGUGGCUUAUUUUCUUCGAAACAUUCGAACUCUCUACCUACGCUGCUGGAUACUUCCCCGCGUUCUCAAAUUACCUUGUAGCUUGAGACACGCAGACUUUGAUAUACUAUGCGUUCUAUCUGGGGAGGGCAUAUUUCCUUCAAGAACGUCCGAAACAGAUGUAAGCUCGCAGUUGAAAAAGUAUGUGAGACGAAGGAACGAGGUUGUGUAACAGUGUCCGAGCCUCCGACAGUUUGACUGUGUGCUCCACAGCGGGAUGAGAGCAAACGCGGCGACUUGUGCGUGAGUUAGUUUACAUCGAUAGUAGACUUGCAAAGAAUCUUCUUCACUCUCUCCUCCUCCACCUGGACCCCGGUGUCAAGACAUACUCAAGAGGACCGGAGGCGGUGGGGGAUUCAGGUUGAGGGAACGGCCGAGCGUGCACCUAGGCGCACCAUCGCACAGCAAAGAAUCAGGAUUUUAACCGACAACAUCAUCAACAACUACAAAGGCAGGUGCGGAGGGACAAAAAGAGAAUACAGUUACUCUGCCUAUUAAGGAGCCCUUCGAGGUAUCAUUGGCUGGUCCUAUCAUGAUCUAGAUGAGUCAGAAGGCAUAUAAAAGCAGUCAGUAGAAUUUCCUAACUCAAGCUGUCAAAAGUAUUGACAUUGUCUAAGGACUCUUUAAUUUACACGAGUUAAAAAAGCUUUCAUUAACAGCCAUGUGAGGUCAGGUUGGAAAAUCCUUCUCUACAGCUCCCCUGAAAGGCAGUACAAUGUGCGCCGGUUUAAAUAUCUGCAAGCAUACAUAGGUGUACAUUUGUGUUAGCAUGUCGACAAUAUCGUCUUCUGAUUUUAUUUUAGUGCAAUCCUGGAGGAUGGUUUGCCAGAUCAGUUUAAACCCGAAGUCACAUUAGUGACGAUUUUGGGAGUCUGUGAGCUCCUGCAAAAUUACAUAUGAUGUCUUACCGGCAACUUUAUAUUCCUCCCGUAGUAAAAGAAAGAAUUCAUGUCGCCUUCGCCUUAGGGACGCUCACGGCUCUUUGUACGUUUUUCCCCACUGAUUGUUUUGAUUCAUAUCAGCGUCGAAUAUGCUGUUUCUCUACCUCAAACUCACCCGGAGGCCGUACUGUCGGCAAAGCUUUUACUUAAUUCCUUGGGUACCUUCAUCUCGAUAAAGUUCGCCUACUCAUGACAUCUGUUAAGUAGAGGAGACGACCCAGUUGUCGAAAAAUUUCCGCAUAGAAAUUCCACCCUGUGAAUAGGCUGCUUCGUUCUGUCCAAGGUUCAAGUGGUAAUUUGUCCUGUAGUUAUUUAAGUGCCCUCUCUUUCCAUCUAAUAAAAGAUUAAAUUUUUAUUUGGUCAUAAUUACCGAAACCCAUUUCAUCGGCUACGUUGUUUAUAAAGUUGUCCUAGUUGACCGAAGCAUUGUUUACAGUUUUUCACAAACGUAAUUGGCCUUGUGCUAUGUUCUACCUGCGAUUCGGCUGAAAAUUCGGAUAUUUUGUGAAGUGAGAGUAAAAUGUGAGAAAUUACACCUAAUGCGCUCUGGAAGAAAUGUUUUGCCAGCACUUUUCAGAUGUGGGACUUAGCCUAUUGCUCCCGUAUAAUGACAGACGUUCAACAGUUUUUUUGAAGAUGGAAUAAUUACCUGCCACUUUAAGCAGCACAAACCUUAACUUAAUCUUGAUUGAACUGCACGAAACUAAACUUCGUACGAUUUUUCCCACAUAUAAAUCCUAAGGAUUCCUGCCUAAUUAACAUUCGCCAGGUGAAUGACACCGUCAGUGAGCGGCUUUCUUCUAAAUGGCUUCAUUGGGCCGGCGGACAAAUCUUACGAACAAAAAUCUACCUCAAUGUACAGUAGGUGGGCUGACUCAUGGAAUGUCAACCGAAGUUCCGAAAUGCGUUUUCGUUUUGAAAAGAUUCAUCAAGUUGGGAUUUAAAACCAAACACUAUGCAGCAUAACUCCAUCCCAAUUUACUAAGGAUGCCGGCUUUCAAACGAACUUCUUUUCGGCAGCAUGCAGGAACUACACUCUGUAAAAAACGACUACUUAAAUAGCAUGCAUUUUUCUCAAUGAUUUUCGAUGCCCUUAAAAAUUCAAUUAUAGUUCGUGGAAAACAUGGAUAAAAAUAUUCAUUUCUCGCUCAUUCGGUAGAUAAUUACGUAUUAUUUCAAUUUUAUACUCGAAGGAGGCACUUAAUUUGGUUUAAAAAAGUUUAUAAUUGUGGAACUUUUAAAUACCGUGAAAUGGCCUUUCAUAAAUCUUCAUGUUCCUGCAUCCACUAAUGUGGCUUGUAAAGUUAACAAUAUGGAUCAAAUCCACUGCUAAAUUUUAUGAACCCUAUAUGAGCUCCUCUUAAUACCGUUGAGAAAGAUGUGGUUUUCCGUACGCGAAAAAGAUACGGCUUGUAGUUUGGAAACCCUCAAUCCAAGUGUGACGCUAGAGCGGGUUCAAAAUUAAUCGGGGAUUGGAAAACGUUGUUAAAACCGGAUUAUGUCCUUCCUUCGAGUAUAAAAUCGGAAUAAGACUGCAUAAUCUUCUUGUUUGAAUGAACAGUACGGAAGUGCUGUGGGAACUUGUACUUCGCUGUCCAAAUAGUCGCUUGCUGUGCGUUGCGGUGCUUUUCCUGAAAAAUCAGUUUCUGCCAUAUAAAUACGGCCUGUGUGUAAACACCUACGGCCCUUUUGGAGACGCUUGGCGUAAAUCCUACAAACUGAUAUGGAAUCAAGUAUGAACUUUACAUAAAGAGCAAAGGACUUGAAUUUCAACGCUGUGGAAGGUUCUGCUGACUGUUGCUCCAACACUCAGUAGAUUGUUAAUACAUAUUAUGAAUUUCUUUUCAAUAAAUUAUCCUCUAAUUCAGUAAGGCUGUAUUAUCGGCUAGGAAAACUCCCUUUUAAUUCUGCCCUACUUUUCAGAUUGCUCAUUCAUCGCACUCCCCAUCAGGAGUGUCGUAGAUGUCCUAAAGUUCGAGAAGACUCAGGACAAACAGCCAAAUGCGCAAGUUGGUCCAUGGGGCCGUGUGUAAACCACCGCUUACAAGGGGGGUGAAGCUUGCAUCCCCCCUCCCGGGGGAGGGAGGUGAACAUAAAUCUUUAAUGUUCCAGACCGAUUUCUGCGUGCUGUUUAGCGUGAACCAAAAUAUUUUGGUUGGAAAUGGCUGUGUAAGCAUCUCGUCCUUCGUCCGGACAACACAUCCCUGCCCAAUGCCUAAAGAUCCCAGAAAAAAAUACGAUUUUCCCACUUUGCCAAAUUUAGAGCCCAACGUUUCCUCGCUUGAAAGGUCCCAUCCGCAAAAACAACUCCUCUCAUAUUACAGGUGGCUAUGCAUCAUAGUUUACGGGCAGAAAGUCAGUGUAAGCAAGCAUUCCCGACCAGAUAUUUAGCAACUUCUCGGGCGAACCGCCAAAAACGGCUCUUAGAGUAGAAUACAUUACCGAAAAAGACACAGAGAACGGAAAUAGCCGUUUCUGACUUAUGAGUCGUCAUCAGUCGGCCAUUUGCAGUCACUGGGUUUUGUCACUCUUGAGGCCCUAUUCCGCGACCUGUUGAUAAGGAGACUGACGCCACAAACACUGAACCACUGAGCUGUUUGUCCUGUUGGUCAUGAUCGGGCAUAUUAACGCUGGUAGAGGGGCGCUCACCGAUCGUUCCUUCGCGCUUUCUCUCACUCUCGAUACCCGCAAGCAUCCGCAUAGAGGCACGUAAUAUAGGAAGAAUAGCGGCAAGCGUGUGGUAUGUAACCCUCUGGACAAACCGUAGUUAAUUAAGGAAAUGACGCUAACCACGAUCAUGCCCGUAAUGGGUAACCCUAACCCUUAACCCGUAAGCAUUUAGGGGAAACUCGAACGUAACCGCAAUCUUAACCCUAAGUCCUAAAUCCGUAACUCAAAUCCUUAAGCCCUAGCCCAAACGCUUAACCCCGAUUCUUAACCCCAACCGUCGCCUAAACCGCAAAUGCGGAAUAUAACCCUAUCUCCAUUCGUAUCUUAAGCCCUAUCCGGGUAAAUAUGACGUCAGAAACGCUAGUGAAGUUCAAAAUCUGAGGACCGCAUGAUUCAUUUGCUGAAUUUUUCCAAGCAAACCGUUACGAACCACAGAAUAGCCUUAUCGACAAAUGCAGUUGAGACUGGAGUGACAAUUUCUGGUUGAUUAGCCGUCGUCAGCCGAUCACAUCCAAUCCCAAGGUGUUGAACGCCUGGGGCUCGAUUCCGCGAACUGUUGGUUAGAAGUACAACGCCCCUAGCUACUUGACCACGGGCCUGUAUUCUUGUCAGUUGUGAUCGGAAAUUUACAAUGGUAGAGGGGAGCUCACCGGUCGCUCUACGGGGACUUACUCGUCCCAUUGUGCCUUGGGGCUGCAUCAUACCUACCUAAAUAAGAUUAGAAGGUCAGGUUUUGAAAAACCACUCAAGGGGCUUACAUACCCUAUCCUUACCAGAAUAGCAUUGACGACAAAGACAAGAAAGAGUGUCGUCCAGCGUGUUAUCCAGAGCGUCUUUCACUGCAUACUCACAAUCCAUACCAUAUGCAGGCAGACGUCUGAGCAGGGCUGUUAAUAAGUCCUGCUUUAGUGCAGGGGAUGCUCUGCAGACCGUGUGGACAGUUAUCUGAGUUACUUGCCAGUCCCUGGAGAACGGCGUGGACACUGCCGGUUCAUCUUUCCGGGACAAAGAGGUCAGCUGUUAGUCCACAUCUUUGCUUCCGUCUUUUUUCCCCGGUUACGGGGGCGGGGGGGGGAGACUUGCAGCCGAACAACUCCCUUUCCACGUUAGGACAGGAGGCAACACGUGAACGGCGGGCAGUGUACCUUCUCUCGUCACGCGAGAAAUUACGUUCGGGCGUGCGAAUCCAGCUUCUCCGCCCGCCUGCUUCUCCGUCACUCUUGCACCUAAGCAGUUGUCUUCCUUAGAGACCUCGCGCAGUAAGGGCUGAGAAGCGAAAAGAAUAGGAGGAAGAGGAGCAAGAGAGGGAGGUGAGGCAGGAAGAGGAGAGAUGUAAGAAGUACAGACAGAAAUAAAAUAAAAAAUAAAGACGGCACGCAGGAGUGAAAAGAGAGAGAGUGAGCGAGUACGAUCGCGACUUGGUCGGCAAUGUUUAUUGCGCGCUUCGCUUGCACAGCAAGGACAUGUCCUCCACCCCCUCCCCGCAGUGCUAAGAGACGUCAAGUCUCGUGGUCUGGCCGUAACGGGGCCGGUGGGAUUGAAGGAGAGAGAGCGGGCGAGGUUGGGAAGAAAAUACCUGCAGUUGGGUAAUUGAGAACAAAAGCUCCUCUGUCCUGCCCGCAUAAUUAAUGAGAUAUGAAACUCGGACGGCGGAUCGCCGACGGCGAUGGAAUGUGCUUCGCUUCACUGACUCAUCUUCGAAACCGUCUGUUCCGCAGAAGCGAGUGACGGAGGGCAAGACUGGCCUCGCUCUCAAGCCUGAGUUCUACUCACAACCUGCUUCGCCUACUUGUGUGAUGGUUUUUAUUGAGUGAUAACUAAGCCAAUGAAAACGUCUCUCUCCGGGGACUAUUCAGCUGAAGAUGAGUGUUGGUGAGGUAGUUCUUGUCAGUUAUAUUGGCGCUAAAUUUCUCAUUAGGCCAGCUAUCGACUUCACUCUUCUCAGUUCUUCUUCAAUGUAGUGUUCACUUUGUAAAUAAAGUGAAAGCAUUUGUGUUCCUGAUGUCAUCUGUGUUGCAAAUGUUUGGAAACGAAUUCUUAAAAUGCUGCAGUAUAUUGCUGUGCACCUGAAUGAUGGUUCAAACGAUCUUCUGAUCUCCAGAGUGGAUGAGGUUUAUCAUAAUGGUGUUAUAGCACAGCUGUCGACAUAAAAUAACCAUUCUUAGAUUUUUAAAAAUUCACAGUAAUCUAUACGACUAUGCUUAGAGUAAUAUACGUACGCUAGGUGGACUAACUCCUGAAAUGUCAGUCAAAAUUCUGAAAUACGUUCUUCUUUCAAAAUAAUUAAUUAAGUAGGGUUGCAAAACUAAUCAUCUUGCGGCAUAAUUCUAUGGUAUGUCAGUUAUCUCGAGAUGCCGGCUUUCGAAAGAACUUCAUUCCGGCAACACAUAACAACCAUAAUCUGUAAAAAAUGACUACUUACGUGUUAUAAACUUUUCUUACCGAUUUUCGAUGCCCUUAAAAAUUUGAUUAUAUUUUAUGAAAAAAAACGCAUACAAAUAUUCAUUAUUUUGCUCAUUCGGUAGAAAAUUACGUCUUCUUCCAAUGUUAUGCCCGAAGGAGGGUAUAAUUCAGUUUUGAAGGAGUUUCUUACUGUAAGAUUUUUAAUAUGAAUAAAAGGCUAUACAUAAAACGUCAUGCCGCUGCCUUUACCGAUGUGGCUUGUAAAGUUAACACUACGGCUCAUAUCCACUGCUAAAUUUUAUGAACUCUGUAUGGUCUCCUCUUAAUACCGUAGAGAAAUGUAUGGUUUUCUGUACGCAGAAAAUAUAAGGUUUUUAGUUUGGAAACUCUGAAUGCAGGUGUAAAGGCAGGUCGGUGUUCAAAAUCAUUCGGGAAUAGACGAACUUAUUAAAACCGAAUUAUACGCUUGCUUCGAGAAUAAUAUUGGGAGAAGACAUAAUUUCCUACCGAAUGAACAAAUGGAUGAAUACUUUCUGCAUGAAUUCCAUAAAUUAUAAUUGGAUUUUUUAAGGACAUCGAAAAUCAAUGAGAAAAGCUCAUGCUAUAUAAGUAGUCAUUUUUUGCAGAGAUUGGUUCUUGUGUGUGACCGGGAGAAGUUCGUUCAAAAGCCGGCAUCUCGAGGUAACUGAAAUAUUAUAGAAGCAUACUGCACUAUGAUUAGUUUUAGAACCCUACUUAAUUAAUCAUUUUGAAACGAGAAAGAAUUUAAGAUUUUCGGUUGGCAUUUCAUGAGUUAGCCCACCUGCCGUGUAUAUAGGGCAUACAUUCUGAGUAGGCUAAAGUUGAACUUGUUUACUAUCUAUUAAUAUCUGAACGUAUUUUUUCGAGUCCUUUGACUAUAAAGGACAUGAAAUCAGCUCAUUUAGAAAGCUGAUACCCCUAGGCAUUUGAAACCAGUUUGACGCAUAUAAGCCGCCCACGUAGAACACGACAACUUUGAAGUCUAGUAGGUUGUUAUUUUCCAAAUGAGAAUAACACUAUUCUCGACUUGGAAGGCCAUCUCGUAAUGAUACGUGGAAGUAUCUAAAACAAUCAAAAGCGACAACUAGAGACGCUUUUGAUCAAAGGUCAGACAAAGACCCCGCAAAACCAUGUGUCGCCCUUGAAAAAAUAGGGACUUGGACAAUUCCUGGAAGCCAGCUGGAAUGUCCGGUCUGGUGAUCGCUACCGACAGUUCGACCGUCGAUUUCGAUGAUGUCCACCGUGUGCCCCACAGACUGCAUUGCUGGAGCAGGGGCGGUGACUUACGCAGGGGUUUAUAGUGACAGUAGACUUGAUUCUACCUACGCUCUCUCCUCCUCCCCCGCCUGAGCCCGGUGUCAAGGCCAAGUCAAGAAGACCGGAGACGGGGGAGGCCGCAGGUGGAUGGCUCGGACGGAUCCUCAACUUGGCGCUCCACUCCGCACCCCCUGGUCCACACACAAAUGACCAGGCUUUUGACCACAAAACAGUGGGGUGGUGGCAGUGGUCCAAUUGUGCGACGAUUGCCGACAACAGGGUCUGCCAGCGCACCCCGCAAUUAUUGGCAUUUGUUAUAGCGCACAGAUAACGCCUGCCAGAGUACGAUGUAACCCCCGUGUUGGUCCAGCGCAUUUAACACGUGGUCCGUUUAGAGGGCAUGAUCGCUACCAAUAACUAUAAGAAACCUUUCAAUUCCUCCAAAUCAGGCCAAGGUGGUGCCAACCUUGUCUGAUUGCAAUUUCGUUUUGUCUUCGAGCUGCCCAAGGACAAAUGAUUUCGUUUCGAGGUCUAAUAAACUAGCGGAUAAAAAUGUCAUCGAUACGUAGACUGAGAGUAAACAAGUAUUUGCACCGGGAUUUUUGGCCGGUGAACGCUUUUUAAAUCUUGCACAACCCGAUGGAUGAGCACUCUUCAUACGACAUCUAGUAGUCCCGACCGGGAGCGAGAGUCAUACAGGUCCCUGAAUCAAUGGCAGAAAUUUAGACUUCAUGUUCAGUGAACGCGGGGUCCAGGCUUGAAACUCAGACUAUUUAAACCGGGUUUGGUUAUGUCUGACUGACGAUGGCUGGUAAAUCAGAAAGGGGUCAUCUCAGUUUCUUUUGCUUUUGUCAGAUUAAGUGCUACCUCACUGGUUGCUUCUCGCCAUGCGUUCGCCUGCGACGGUUUGUGUUUUAAAUGCCAAAAAGUGACUUAGGUCGGAAAGAAGUACAAAUUCUCGUGCAGUAUGGUGCCGAGCAAUUUCAGCCAUGUUAGGUUGCUGGUUUCUACAAAAGCUUUAUUUCGGCCGCCCUUAUAAAUUUAGACUGCUUUUAUUAGAGAUAUGCUCAAAAAUGUUCUUUCUCGUGGAAUUUUCGUUUUUAUCUACUUCCAUUGCUACUUCCCUUUCCACCUAGUUCUCUCUUUUAUCGUGAUUUACAGUGGCUAGCCAGCCCCAUUAAAAGUUAAAGAAAUUCUGAAAAGUGUUCAGUAUGACAGGAUUAGUUAAGUAGGACCUUAGUACUGGAUAUCAUGUGGCAUAAUCUCACACUAUUUCAAUCAUGCUUUUUGAGUGAACGUCUUUGUGACAGCCUGAAAAAACUACACUUAGCACACAAUGGCCACUUAAGAUGUCUAAAUGUUUUUAAUUGGUUUUCGUUGCUCUUGUGAAUUUGAAUAAAUUUUAUAGAAGAUAUGUACAAAUUAAACAUUUGGCAACAAAUCGCAUCUUUUUAAGUGCUAUACUUGAUGAAGGAAUAGUAUUCGUUUUUAAAUUUUUUUUCAUUUCCCAAGUAAUUUCCGACUCGAAAUGCCGUUACACCUGCAUUCGCGGUUUCCGAACUACAAGUUGUAUACUUUCUGUAUGGGGAAGAUCACACAUUUUCAUAUGUUAUUAAGAAGACGUUAUAGAGGGCUCAUAAAAUGUUGCAGUGCAUAUGGACUGCGUUGUCCGUUUUAUAAGCAGCAUUAAUAAACGCGAUGACGCAAUACAAUAUAAUAAAAUCUCAUAAUUGGAAACCUUUUUAAAAUCGAGCAGCACCAUUUCUUUCAAAAUAAAUCUUACAGGAGACGUAAUUCUCUGCCAAACAGGUGCGAGAAAUAAUGCUUUUUGUGUGUCUGCUGUAAAUUACAUUUGAAUUUUUAAGAAAAUCGAAAACCAAUGAAAACUGCAGUGCUACUCGAGUAGUGUAGUUUUUGCGGGCGGCUGGAAAGAACCAUAUUCAAAGGCCGGCAUCUUGACAUGACUGAAAUAUUAUGUGAUUAUCCUGCACGAUAAUUAAUAUUACACCUCUAGAUACAUAAUCCCCUCGAAUGCCAAAAAACAUUUCAUAAUUUCGGUUAAUUUUAUCAUGAGAUAGUACAUCAUGGAGUCAUAAUUUGGCAACCAGCUGACUCGGUUUCAUAAUUCUAGCUGUCACUCUGGCAGGCUGAUGUUACUACUUAAUUCAAAAAUUAGCACCUUACUGUGUCCCAUUCAUGUCGGUGCUCCUUAUUCAAGUUUACUGCAAAAGCUUUUGUUGGAUGUCGAUGGUGUCAGCAGCUCGGGUGUAGAACUGGAACAUUCACCUAAAGUCUCCCUUAAAGAACUGUAAACGCAUGGUCAUAGCGGACGGCUAGUUUACUAUGCCGAGGCUAUAACACGUGCUUGCAUAGUGGAACUGCCAAUAAUCCCAAAAAGGGCCAGCCACUCCAAGUAAAACAGGACUGCCUUUUCCAGCUACAAACGGCGUUCUAAACUGUCAAACUUUAGCUCAAAUCCUGCGAUUCCAAAGAUUGCCAUAAUUUUGUGACUAAAAGCAUGCGACAUUUUUUUAGCCUGGCAUUUUUGUCCGGUUCGGCUGCCAGAAAAGGCUCGGUAAUUGGACUUUUUUCCUCUGUUAAAUUCCUGUUUGCAGCUUCGCGUGUGCGUGUUAGACUUGCCACGGACUGCGUACUGCCUGUCUACCUGCUUGAUGUUCCCUUGAGUCCUAACAGCGGAAACGCUCAAACUGAUAGGCCCUCUUUUUCAACAGAUUUGAAUCAGUCGCAUAAUGCAGGGAAAGAGAUAACUGUCUAGUUUGCAUUCGCUUGUCAAGCUUUUUCAAUUUCUUUAACCACCUUCUUCAUAUGCCCGUUUGUAGCCCUCAAUCCACUUAGACUAAAUUGCCUGUUAAACGCUUCAACCACCUGAUUUCAUUUUAGUCAGUAAUUGUCUGUUUAGAGUGUCUUUCAUUUGGACAUUUAAAUGCUGUAUAUAUUCUCCGUGUAUAACACGCCUAAAGGACUUCUUUUUGCGUCGAUUACCUGUUUGGCUCCCAGGUCACAAAAUAGUCUGUGCGGCUUGUUCGGAAACUUUUCAAAAUAGAUGCAAAAUAAGAUAUGUUUGGCUCAGCAUGGACCGAGACUUGUACGCGAUGACGCAACUUUCCGCGAUUUAUUUCCAGAUGUCAGCGACUCACGUCAGGUUCUCGUUUAAUUACUCAACCCUUGGAGAUGAGGAAAUAAAACAAAGUACAUUUCGACCAUGCCGAUCCAAGAAAUAUCCGCACAUUUUGUAGUUUUGCGUUUGAACAUCUAGCUGCAGCAUUGUUUGUCAUAUGCGCAAAUCUGCCAGUUAUCAUGAUGACUAUAAUAUUUGUCAGCACGAUUUGAACUAGAAUAUGCAUGGGCCACCGAAAACUUUACAUCUACAAGCGCGAUUACUUCAUGCAUUCAUGGAUCACUCUUAUGGAAAAGUAACAUUUUUGCAAGCCUCUUUUUGGCGUUGCAUUACAAUUUACGUGAACCUUGAUAGCAACUCCCGGGGCAUAUCCGGAUGGAAAAUUUUCUGGUUCUAUGAGACUUCUGAAGUUGUUUCACUAGACUUACCGAAAGGAUGUGAUGUCUUUUGUCCCUCUCUCUGUCUUCGUAGUUCACUUAAUAAAAUAAACUACGGAUGUGGGAAGAAAUUGACAUUGAGAACCCAAGAACUUGAUCAAUAAACCCUUGACCAGCGUGUGAGUCGUGUCGCAUGCUAAACAUAAGCUUCAAAUGAGUUUAUUUAGUAAUUAAUUUAGAAAAUGAGUUAUGUGAUUAGUGCAUACUUGAUAAAUUACUCAGAAUAAGUAAGCUAAGUUAAAGGGCAGAGAGGGGCAUUGCAUCCCAAGGUUAAUGAAAAUUAUCGUUCUGUCUGUUGCAUACAUCGCCAUUGGGGCGCGGAUUCUUUCACGCUACUUCGUCAAGUUGCCUAAUAAAAUCCACCGCGACCGGCAAUAAUUGGGCUUAUAUGGUAGUGGUACUUACCAGUCUCUGUGAUUCGCCACGAGGACCGAGGACCGGAUCACCGGAUGGAACGUAACCCCGGUAAUCUGUCCUAAUAAUCUCCGUUUUCACGUAACAUUGUAUGUAAAAACAGCAUUCAAAGGAUUUUGGAAGGAGAUGAAGAGCUGUUUUUUUACAAAAGCAUCCAAAUAGGUGGCGCAUGCCAAAGUUUGUUUUUAUUCUUCUGAAUACUGGAGAGAAUUCGCAGUUCUUACACAUACGAUGGGAACGCCGAGUACUUCAAUAAACACUUUUGUACACGACUUCAAAGACUUUCUGCAAAAAAGUGUGCAGACCUGAGGAACCACAUUCUGCCCAAAUGAAAACUUCAUUUAAGACAAGCCGAAAACUGAUAAGUAUAUGCGAUCACAAGAACAGGAACUUUCUUCGCUUGGCGUUUCGGAUUUACACUCGUACACAUCAGCAGAGGCGGCGUCAUGUACGGGUCACCGUAAUCUGUGAACCGUUUCCGUAGAAAGAUCAAACAAGCUCUGGGUAUUUUGAAGAUGGGGAAAAACAAACGCUUUCACCUAAUUUCUUUUUCUUUACACACGACUGGCGCAAAAUGAAGGUUUUUUGGUCACUAUUCAUAUUACUUACGGUAAACCAAUUACGCACUCGGCCAAAUCGCAUUUCAGCAGAUUUCAUUUACUGUCUUUGCGAGUGGUCUUCUCCUCCGGCACGUAAUCCAAUUGCUUGAGUUAUUGGGAGAGGAGCUGUAAUUGAAUUUGUGUGUACAAAUACGAGUAAAGGACUGCCAACUCAUCUACUCUCGCGCACCGUCUAGCCUCCAGCGAUGUUCCUAAUAAAAUUGCAAAGGUAGAUCUCAGCUACUACUGAUAUUUGAAAAGCAAUUUCAUUACCCCAUAAUUUCAUUCAUUUUCCACUUCUAGCGGUCCUCAAGCAUCAAUCUGAUUGUCCCAAAAAUCGGACAAGCAGACAUUCCAGGUUAGGUUCAGAGAAUUGGAUGGAGUUUGGCGUCAAAAACUACGGGACUGGUAACAACUGCUAGUUGAAUGCGUACAGCCGAAUGACAGAAAAUAGGCAGAAGUGGUUUUGAGCUCCCACGUUAUUCGUUUUCGUUGCAUUGAGUGUUCGUGACAUGCCAAAACAGUGCUAAGGGUAGCCCCAAAAGUUUCCUAGCCGUGUCAUUAUCAGUUUCAGAAAUUAUUCGGUUUUCGACAAUAACGGUGGACUGAUCUACGGCUAACCCUGAAUAUAAAAAGCAGUCGAGUGCCUUGUUGGACUCUUUGUUCCUUCAAUGGUCCGAUGAACCGAUUAUUUGCGUCGCAAAAUCGUGCGUGAAAUUAGGGCUAUCGGAAAAGAACAUGCAUCAGUCGGGUUCUGCAGUAACUUUUGUAUGUCUCAUAAGUCGUGUUGUGGUAUUGAACAGUCAAAAGCUUUUCUGGACAGACACGUAUCUGUCACUGUCUCUGAUAAUGGGUUCGAGCGUGAAUCCGAAAAUUCCAGGAAAGCUUUUGACUGUCCAGUAUCCCAACACGACUUAUGAGGCAUACAACAGUUACUGCACAACCUGACUGAACUGCAGUUACGGCAAAUAAAGCUUUUGUUCCAGCGAUCACUUUUACCGACUAGUUCCUGGAAAUCGCAUCUUCGCUUGUAUUGGCCUUUGUGGACUGUAUGGUAUCGCUCCAGUUGAAACAAUUCCACUCGAAAAGAUGGCAUUUGCAAGGGCUGUGUUCUGCAGUUUUUCUGAGCAAAAUUCCCUGACAAAGCCUACUAUUUUCCUCGCCUGUUAAAUUCCCAGUUGACACCGCAGCUGAAAAUCUAGCUUGAGAAAGCACUGAUACCCGUUAGCUUCUAAAUAAGGCCUCAUGGGUACGGACAAAUGAUGAUCAUUUGCUAAAAAAAUGAAUACAAGAAAUAGCAUUGAUGUGCAGGUGUUCAGAAAAAUAUGCUAAAGUGUAUAAAUGCCUCAAAAAUCACCGGUAAAAAUCCAUACUGAUUGGGCAGUCAUUUUUUAGAGCGUGGUUCAUGCGGAAAGCCGGAACGAGGCUUAUUCAAAGACCGGCUUCCUGUCGUAACCGAAAUAUUUUGGAAUUAUUAUGCAGAAGCAUUAAUAAUAUAACACAGCUUAAGUAGUCCUGUGUAAUACAGAACCAAUUUACCAAUUUUAGUUGACAUUUCAUGAGACAGGCCAGAUACUGUGCACACACUAACAGUGGGAGUCUAACCCACAUAUUUAAUGCGCUAAUGGGCAGCUGGCACUUUCCGCGGCAAACUGCAAUUUGUCAUGCGACAUCUGUAGGCUGGCGCUGAGAACCGGAGUCAUGGGAAUGUGAAAAAUUUAAUUGGCGACUGCCUGACAAAAUAGCAUCAGCCACCUGGGCUGAUUUGUUCUGUCAGUUAUAGCAGACUUUUCUUUGAGAAAAUAUUAAUGCCUGUAAAAAUAUCAUCUGCUCGAGUAUUUAGCUUCUAAUUAGAGAUUGCUGCUUGGAUUCUGAGGCUAGAAAAUCGUCCCCUUUAAUUUUGGUAAAAGGUCCCAUCUAGGCGGUAGCCAGUGUGUCAGGAGACUCGGUGAAACAUUAAAAGCGCCCUGCGAUGCCACAUACUAGGUCUGCGUCUAAACCAAUAUUUUAAUUUCUCUAAUGAAAGGCUGGAGGACAUCUUCUAACCGUACGACUCUCCUUGUGGUUCCAUUGUAACCCACUAUUCGGGAAAAACUUCAGCCGAAAGCGUUCAUUGAGGCUAUUCAUAGCAGAAUAUGCGCGUCCAUACCAAUUGGCUUAAAAGAAGUUUCUUUGGCAGAUGAAAAUUCUGUCAUAUUUGCAUUUGGAAUUUUGAAGCGUCUCCGAGUACAAAACUUGAAUAAAACUGGCUCGUUUAGUUUCGCUGUUUCACCAGAAAAUUUACCGUUUUCUAAAACUUUCUAGGAGUAAAAAUUCCAAAAAAUUGUAAGGCUAUAGGAAUCAGUAGUUGGACAUUUGCGAGUUACCUGUAUGUAGCUGCUGAUCUUUGGUACUGUGUGCAAAUACAACCAGUAAUUGUCUGAAGACUAAAAGAAAUAAUUGUUAAGUGUGUCAUGGUCUUUAAAGACGCCUCUCAACUCCCUAAAUAGCUGUAUGCCAUUUAAAUGAACUGAAGCGCGCAUUGAGAAUCAAAAUCCAGGGACACUCGGGGAAAAUAUGGUAGCUAGCUACAUCGAGACUGAUUUACUGUAAUUCCAUCACGUGUGCCCGUCAAAAGUCCAGGUAUGUGCUUUGCCGAUUUCCUGACGCUACACGAUACAGUCCAGCAGUCGGCCAGUAUGGUAUCCUGUAACCUGUUACAUGGAAAUGCAUCUAAUUCUGAAAAAGCGCAACUUUCAUCAAAUUUGACUUGGUAUACACCAGAAAAUAGAAAGAAGCGUUCAGGGGAACCGGCGAUGAGACGGAUGCCUUGCAGAAGUAUUAUUUAAAUAAGGCCAAAAAAUUGACAAAAUUCACCUGAAAGUUUUGUUGGUACAUGAACCGUAAAAAUGGUAAAUUACUUCUUAAAAGACCGUUCAUGAAUCUGUAAAUGAGGCGUGAUCUUCAAUUAUGCCUUAGUGCUCGGUUUAGAGCCCUCACAGGCUGUCGCAUAACAAUGGAUAUUGAUGAAAGAAGGAACAUCUACAAGAACAAGGGAGAACGAAAUAGUCCUUUCUGAUUAAUUAGUCGUUGUGAGCAAGCCAUAGCCAAUCCCCGGUUUUGGAUCGCCUAGAAUUCGAACCGGAAUCCUUUGAUCAUGGUGUGUUUUUUUAAUCCAACGUUCUCCUCUUGCGUCACGGCUCGUUUCUGCUGUGUCGGUUGAGAUUACAAAUAUUCGAUAUUGUCAAAUGGUCGUUUAUUGAUCAGAUUUGGGACAUUCUUGCACCCUGUGUCUAACAACGGGUCUGACAGAAUAAGCCAUCUGAGUCUCCAUUGUUUUUUUUGUCGGGAAUACUCUUGCAUCGGUACUCUCCGCUAUACGACUGCCCAAUGACCAGAGAUUCCGUGGUCGGAGCCCAAGUUGUCCAAACUUUGUGUCCAUAAUGAUUGACUGACGACUGCUAAUGAAACAGAAAUGGCCAUUCUAUUCCCCCUUGUCUUUGACCGUAUUUCUUACUUCCUGUAUAUAUAUUCAGUAUAUUAUUGCCGACAAAGACAAGGGAGACCGGAACGAGUGAGUUCCGUAAGAACGGUCGGUUAGCGUCCCCUACCAUUAUAUAUAUAUAUAUAUAGGCCAGUUAUUCGGUUUGCGUCCAUUCAUGUCGGAAUAAAUACCCAAUCUGCAGAGAUAGAUAACGGCCGGUGACCAGUCACUGACAUACUUUAGUUCGAUGAAGUACGUAUGACCAAUCUGCUAGACCCCGUUCGUGCACCAUCUGCGGCCUGCACAAGUUUUAGUUUGAGUUUUUGGUCCCAGCUGGUUGUCAGGGCUGUGAGUGGCUGGGCAAAGACAGAGUAAGCCCGAAACAGUACUGUACCAUCUUAUCAUUUUCGAUAUGUAUAUAUCGUGAAUGUGUGGUUCAUCGAUCAAAUAAACAACCUACAACUACAGAGAAAUUUUAGCAACCAAGACAAUGCAAACUGGAGCGAUAAUUUCUAGUACUUUUGCCGCCACAGCGAUGUUGGGUGUUGGCCUACGCGAGGUUUGCGCCUGAUUUAGUGCGUCAUUGAACCUUUAAAUCAUACAUGAGACAUCAGGCUUGCUGUUCACUGAGUUCGAGAAUAUACAAAGUUACGUGACGGUGGCAACAAGCGGUCUGCGUAACAAAACGAAGAUUUCAAUUCCGGCAUGGAGCUGCUGAAGUAGACCGGGCCGGGGAUGUCCGACACAUGAUAAGCCCUUCUGCGAGAGUUGUUCUGACAACCACCGAAACGAACAAAAGUCAUGCCGUUAUUUGAGUCAACUGUGAUUUCGUACUGCAGAUGACGCAAGGCAAAACUGACGUACUGCCAAAUGAAGCCUGCCGAGCCGAUUAUUUUCCCUGUAACUUCGAGUAAGUUCGCCAGACUAUGUCCGGUUGUCUCUUAGAGUUCUUGCAGGGUAAUUUGCCACAUGAAGGAGGCAUUCUCUCCAGUAUAAAGUCGGUUGCUGAUCUUCUGAGCACCCCUGAACUUUAUCAAUGUCAAGGUCAUCCGGUGGUAGGUGCACAGAGCCUACUACGAAUCACAGUGACAAUCGUUCUGCAUGGUGGCUUUAAGCCCCACCUGAUUCCACGUCUAAAUCUACGUCUUUCUCGACUUUUUUGAGAUAUCUGAGGAAGGAGAGGAUGCGAGUGGUGUCACGUGUAAAUCACCAGGAUACCCUCUCCGGUAUAGCCACAGUGCUUGUGAACUGCGACUGUUGAAAUAACGAACCGGAAGAUUACCGCAGAGGUACAGCGAUCUAUUCUGACCGUGUGAAUGCGGGCGAUCCCGUUCUGUCAUUUGAAAUGAGAGCCAGCAGCAGUCCAGUUAUCGUUUGAUGAUUGGUCACAGCCAGUCAUCGGCCAAUUUUCCGGACGGUGGCCCGUGGUGCAGUGUGCAUCCGCCUCAGGUUCAAACCUUGCGUUUGCCCGUAUGUGGGUUUGGCUGAUGAUGGCAAGUAAACGGGAAUCGGCCGUCCCCGUCUCGUCCUCGUCAUUGACGGCAAGGAAUCGUCGAUUUUUGUCUGCUAGUCGUCACGCAACACCAUCGCUGGCUGUAGAUACGGACCAAUUUCCGCACUGCCAUCAAUAUAGAUCGAUAGAUGCCACGCCACGUACGGCUGAUCAGAAGAAUGAGUUACCUGUCUGAAUUCCGUAUGAAUGUCAUUCUUUUCACGGCAGGAGAAAGGGGUUCCAGAACGCAAAAAACUGCUCAAUUACACUGUUGUGAUGAAGACUACGAAACGUGGAACCCCACACCUCUGGGCCGUGUGAGUUCGGAGGUGCAGCGUUGGAAUCGUCAAAACCAAACUGAAGUUUGUUAAAGCUAGUGAAGAUAACAACUUGCGGCAGAUGACUCAAGGCUUCAAGAAGGCAACUUGGAAAAUGGCGCGCACGAAUGAAACGCAAAAGGCCGAACUUGAACCGGCAGCGGCGGAGUGGUUUGGCAGUGUGUCUUUGUAGUCCGAAAGAAAACUUGUUUCUAACAAAGACGUCUGUUCUUCACAGUACAGCUGAAGCUGUUUGGAGCAAAAUGUAGGUGACUGCGGACACGAAUGGACUCAAUAGAAAUGUUUGUUUAUCUUUUAAUGCGCGGUUUGUGCGUCAGUGGAGUGCCAGAGGUCUUGAUUCCGAUUUCCAUUCCGUCUCCAGUACUCUGCGUGAUGUGGCAGUAAGGCAUCAACCCUGAGACUGGCAGCAUCGUUGACUGGUGCGUGUAGUUGUGGUGGCCGCAAGUACUGAGAUGAAUGCUGCGCUGUCCGAUUUCGGACGCAACAUGAGCAUGAGCUACUGGCUUUGACGUCAGGAGUUGGAAUUGCAAUGAAAAUGCGCGCCAUGUCGCAGUGACCGGGGUGAGGUUGCAGAUCGGACACAUGUGCGACGUGAUCCUGUCCUUUUUUCUGUACUAUGAAGUGGUGACGUUCCUAUGAAGACUUCCGGGCACUUAAAAAUUAUUCUUUCGACAUUAUUUCCUCCUGAGGUCUAUUUUCUCCUUUCUGUUGGUCAUUUGUGGUCAGUUCGUUUUCAUUGGAAGAAUAAAGAAGCAUCGGGGUUGCUGAAAGUUUCGUUAGACAUCUCCUUCUGAUAUGCUUGUUCACGAGAUCUUACAAUACCAUAGUUUUUAAAUGGCACAUAGCCAGGUGUGGCUGUCGUUUCUACCGUGACGUAUGAAUUGGGAGGAAUAAGUGCGAUUUUUUUAACCUAUAUGGAAUGUGUCAAUCAGCACUAUUCACUUCGCUGAGCCUCCGACCAUGGCCACCAUCACCGACAGUCCAUCCUCGUCUUUUAAUGGACUUUGUUAAUGCCUCUGGGUCUGUCAGUCGGGAGUCCCUUGGGUCGAUGUUGCAGCAUGAUGGUAUGACAAUGCCAAUGUCAAUGGCUCGCACAAUGAGUUCCUUGACGAUCGCUAACUACAGUAGGUGGGCUAAAUCAUGAAAUGUCAACAGAAAUUCCGAAAUGCGUUUUCAUUUCGAACAGAUUAAUUAAGUAGGGUUGUAAAUCCAACCAUCUUGGAACACAAUUCUAGAUUAAUUCAGUUACCCUAAAACGCCGGCUUUCGAACAAACUUCUUUUUGGCUUCAUGUAGUAAUUGAACUGUGUAAAAAACUGGCUACUUAAUUAGCAUGUAUUUUUCUCCCUGAUUUUCGAUGCCUUUAAAAAGUCAAUUAUAUUUCAUAGAAAACAUGCAAAAAUAUUCAAUUUUUUAUUAUUCAGUAGAAAAUUACCUCUUCUUUCAAUUUUAUACUUUCACGGUAUUAAAAAAACUCCCAAUUACAAACUUUUUUAAAACCAGAUCAUAUCCUUCCGUCGAGUAUGAAACUAGAAGAGAACGUAAUUUCCUACCGAAUGAGUAGAAGAUUGAAUAUUUUAUGCAUAUUUUCCAUAAAAUAUAAUUGACUUUUUAAGGGCGUCAAAAAUAAAUGCGAAAAAUUCGUGCUACUUAAAUAGUCAUUUUUACAGAGUGAAGUUCCUGCAUGUAGCCAAAAAGUAGUUCGUUGAAAAGCCGGCUUCUUGAGGUAGCUGAACUGUGAUAGAAUGAUGCUGCAUAAUGAUUGGUUUUAAAACCUUGCAAGAAUUUUUGGACUGUUAUGCAACAACUAAAGUCUUCGGUACUAGGUCGACCUGCACUGUUUGAAAUUUUCUCAAGGGAAAAUCCAACGUGUCACUUGUUGUCUGGUAUCGCGUCUACAAAAGGAACUGGAGUUGACAUCAGUAGAAGGCAGUAAAACAGUUAUGGUGGAAGAAAAUUGAGCGUUUUCGCCAAUUUGCAUACAUCUCGCUGAUCAAAAAUGAUGUUACUGCUGGGCUUUCCAACCGUCUGACAACCGUUUCUGGCAAUUAUUAAAUCCAAAUACAGUGCGUGAAAGAUAUCAUGAAAUGUUUGCCGAAAUUCUGGAAUGCGUUUCCGAUUAGGGAAGAUUACUUAGGUGGGAUUCCAAUACUGCCUACCAUGUAAAUAAUCCUAUAGUAUUUGGGACUCACCAGGAUGUUUGCUUUUGAUUGGGCGUGUUUUUGACCUAAUGCAGAAAUCAGACUCGGUAGAAAAUGACUACUUAAUUGGCAGGCAUUUUUCACCUUGAUUUUCCAUGGUCUUAUAAAUUCAAGUGUAGCUCAUAGAAAACAUGCACAAAAAUACGCUUUCGUUUACUCUUUUUUAGAAAAUCACCUUUUCAUAUUUUCUAUCCUGAAAAUAUAUAUUUUUGUUUUAUAAAAGUUUCAUAAUUCCCAAAUAAUUCUGAGCCUGACUUGCCACUGCAUUAGCGCUUUGCGAUUUCAGUCUACAAGGUGCCUGCAUUCCGCGUAAGGAAAAUCAUAUAUUCCACUAUGCCUUUAAAAAGGUAUCUUAUAGAGUUCAUAAAAUUUCGCAAUGGAUCGGGGCUGUGUUGUGCAAUUCAUGAGGAGCAUUGGUAAACGUACAUGAGCCGUCUUAUAUGCAUGGACAUCGCGCGGUCUUAAAAAUAUUAUAAUUAGAGACUUUCUUUAAACCUAAAUAAACACUUUCUUCGGGUAUAACAUAUAAAGGCAAAGGAAUUUUAUACCAACGGUGUAAAAGAAAGCGUAUUUUGUGCAUUUUUUCUAUAGACUGUACUUGAAUUUAUACGACCAUGGAAAACCAAUGUGAAAAAUGCAUGCCAAUUAAGUAGUCAUUUUUUACCGAGUCUGAAUUCUGCAUUAGGUCAAAAACACGUUUAAUCAAAAGCCGACAUCCUGGUGAGUCCCAAAUAAUAUAGGAUUAUUUACAUGGUAGGCAAUAUUGCUACCCCACCUAAGUAAUCUUCCCUAAUCAAAAGCGCAUUCCAGAGAUUUUCGGUCCAAAUUUGAUGAGAUCGGUCACUCCGGACAGGGAUAGGGACACUAAACUGUGGCCCGUGCUAGAGGGCACAUACUUUCAUAUUAAUAUGAUCGCCUGUGAAAAUAGAUGUGAGGCUUGAAAUGUCUUUGCACACGAAGUUUUGGAUGGAUAUCUCGCGCAUUGUGGUUUACGGCCUUCUCUUCGUAAACAAGUAACUUUCAUUCUAAGAAUAAAGUUCGUAUGGCACUGCAUGUGCGAUUAAAUUGUAGUAUCCGAUUCAUUGGAUUCCUCUCGCAUCCUGUUGGACAAACGUAUAAGUAUCAAAGUCAGCAACAAAAAAUUAGAUGGCUAACGAGGGGGUGCUAUUUCCACCCCGCCACACACCUACCAAAAGGAUCAGCUCUGGCACUCAUCAAAAAUGGUCCUGCAUGCUGCGAUAAUGGCUUGCUCGCCCAUGUCGGAGGUGUUAAUGGCCGUGACUCCAUUCCCAGCGUUGAUGACUGGUGUGAUAACGGCCCAGAAAUUUGGCUCGCCAAUAAUGACAGUGGAAGCCAUAUUUAUGUGCCCAUUCCCCAAAUGCCUAAUAACAUUAUUCUAGCAAGGUCUUAGUUCUGGAUAGGGAGAGGAGAGAUCACUGCGCUUGUUGAUGAACUGUGGGUCAGAGAACCGCGGCCUAAACUUGUAGUGGCUCAUGCAAUUGUCACCUAUCGUACUGAUUUCGACCUCUUCAAACUUGAAUGUGUAACGUGGUCACGUCGAAUAAAUUACUGUCGUUUCUCUUCACUGCUCAUUCACGUCCGGGACACUCUCCCAGCUUCUUGGAUGGAGUAACUUUGUUGACCACAGCAAUGCACCCAGUAAACGACUCCGGACGUAUUCUGCAGUGGAAACGGAUGUUUCCGCCCGAUGAUCUGGCGUCUGAUGGUUGCCUCCGGUCUACAGGCACCUUCAACAUCAAACAGAUUUGGGAAAGCGGCUAAAGAGUUCUCGACGCUUGCAAAAUUUGAGGCCGAUGCAGAUUGGUUACCCGUCUCGUUUGUGCAUCCACUGGUUGAGGGUAGCCAUUUGCUCAGAGCACCCGUCAAAGACAUUGCAAUUUGACAACUUUGUCAUCUGGUUUACCUGCAUCGCAACCCAACACGCCAAUAUAACUGGGUUUGUGGCUGCAGUUUUAGAAAGGCCCAGGUUGUUGUUUCUUUUUCCGUUGACAUCGGGAAGAAGCCGUUCAAAUGUCAUUCGAAUGUCCACACCUGAUGCUGUUCAUUGACGACGAAGGUCUCAUUAGCAAACCCAGCCAGCAUACCGGUCUCAGGUGCCUCCAGCCAUUGUAAGAUCUCCUGGCUGAUGAGUACAUUGAACCCAUUGGGUGCCUUUUACCUGAGCGCUUCUGGCGAAGAGAAGUGAUGAGGGACGUCAAAUCGAAAGAUACCAUGACCUCAUCUUCAAGGAAACGCACUCCUUUGAGUUUUACCAAGAAUUCUCCUGAUAAACUGACUGCGUUGUCUGAACUGGGAGUCAGAAAUGUGAGAUGCCGAAACGGCUACUUUGUGAGUCCGUAAGUUGGAGUAUCUUUGAGAGAUACGAUGGGCCGAAGACCAUAGAGUCGAGCCAAGACCGUGUCUUGCGUUCCCGCCAGGUCGACGGAAACUAUUGCAUCUGAGUUCCUCAAAGUCGCAUUACUUUCGUACGUCAACGAUUUUAGAGGAGUGGUUCCGCAUGGGACAUAGAACUGGCGAUCUUCCCUUAAACAUUUUAACCUCGUGAAGGUGGAUUCGCCUAUCCAAUACAACAGCGAAAUGCCCCUUGUCCACGGACACGCUGACGAUGUCUUUGUCAGCUUUGAGUCCCCUAGUGCAUCACUUUAAGUACGGGAGUAUUUUGCGCUGCCUGCAAACGAUGAAGGGAGACGAAGCUUGGUGUCGGAUAAAGCCCUUCGUCUCCUUCGUUGCUUCUGUCCGACUAAGGAUCGAUUAUACCGCAGUAAUUUUGCUGACAAAUGAUGCACCAAGUCUGUUCGUCAACAGACUGUGGUAUCUGAGUCGACAAUCAAAUAUUAAAAAAGACGAAACAGUCCCUUUAUCAGUCUGUCUGUCUCUCUGAGCGCUAUGGAGAGGUAAGCGCCUUCGAAAGGCCUUUCCUGGACUCAUGCAUGCGCCCUCUUUCUGUGAUAUUUCAGCUAAGUUCUUCCAUUCACCAACACUACAUUAAUUUCGUAUGCCUUUGUUAGCUCCCAUCCUCCCGAAAGUAAUCUAAUAUAUCCGAUACGACCCUCUUUUUCGAGCCCACUAACAGGGUCUUCGUUUUCCUUCGGGGAUCGCAUUCGACCGUAGGGAGCAAUUCGGUAGCCUAUGAGCAAUGAGACUCAUGGUUCCUGUGUUGCCUCUUCCUGGCUGAGGACUAACCCCCCCCCCCCCCGCUGUGAUCAUCCUAGCAUGAACAAGGCUCCAUUCUGCAACAUCUGCAUAUGCUUCUUCGACAGUCUUUUCCGUGACAGUUUUAGCGUUUUCUGAUGGCGAAGGACAAGGUAGCUUGCUGAACUGAUUCACCGCUGCUACAUCACUUUCCCUUUUCCACCCCCCCCCCUUUGCCGAAACAGUUCGGCCUACCCUAUGGGCUCACAGCAGCCGGUCUUCUCGGUAACGGUAGGAUGAAGGACACCACUUAAUUGUCAGUAGACCAUCGAUCUCAUCAUACGGGGUUUUAUCUUGACAGCUACUUGCAAGCCGUUGCUGACAUUACACCGUCAACAACAACUGCUUCCCAUGACAUCAAACCAAUACCCAAACCCCGUUAUUUUUUGGAAAUUUGCUUAUUGUUUAUUUAUUGACCAACACGCUCACGUCUGUUGCCGUAAGAAGGCGUACGAAAAGGCUUUCGGCAGAAACCCAAACAAUUUCUGUGUUUUCUUGCAUUUCGUCGGCUUACAGUCUGGCGUGUUGCCCCAACCGCAAAACUCCCGCUACCAUUAUUCCCGUAUUACACGAUGCACAGUCUACCGACAGUUAAGUGGGGUCCUUCAACCUACCGUUGCAGAAGCUUUUGGGGACUUUUUAUCGUGCAGCGUUUUGCGGAGCGUGCUGCUGAGUGCGAAAUUCAAAUAGAGUUCUGGGGAAGAUUCCCCUCGACGAAUUAGUCGUUUCCCAUCAUCGAAGCGAUGUUAACUGCCAAGCGGUGACUGCCAACUUCAGCUGGUCAGUGGAGAAUUGUUCAGCGCACCUGGGUUUUCAGAAAAGCACCUUCGGUGCUUUACUCGGCCGACCUAGAACCUGCGGUAUACUCAAUCGCUCCCCCAUUCGGUCUCACCGCAGACCCUGCAGUGGGGACGGUCAGGCAGAUGCAACCGGAACUCUGCCAUCUGCGCUUACAUCGCCACUGCGUCGCCAACAUCUACGUCACAGUUCCAGACGGAACGUCGCUCGUUCACCGAUUAGUCACACGCGCGUUCGCGGACGUGUGCACUAAAUGGGCAGGCGUGACUGUCAUCACUGGGCCUGACGGGAACCCAGUUUUGGGUUGCUCGACAGCGGCGGUGGCGACGACGGCGGUGGUAACUGUCUCGCAGACUCGGUCCCUCUCUCAGGUGCGUUAUGAUCAGCGUUAACAGCAGAAAAACAACACCCUGCUGGGAGCGGGGUGGGGAGGGCUGGCGAUGGAGCCACACGGGCGGCGGGGGGGAGAGGUGGAAGUCGGCCAGCCGCAAUCCGUCUCGUCAACACAACAUGCUCGCAGCAGCAUGCACACGGAGCGGAGCUCGCUCGCCCGCGCGGCCGCCGUCGCCGAGAGGAAAGCGCUUUGAUGCUGGCCGUGCACUUCUAGGGCACGGACGCCGCACGUAAAUGGGGCUGGGAACGGCGAUGACAACCUAUGCACGCACACGCAGAUUUCUGAUAGGUGUGUGCGGCGGCUGCACCGCCAGAAGUAGUCCAAUCCGAGUUGGCGCUAAAUGGUUUUAGAAGUGCAAGUAUGCACCAGGUUCUAAGUAGUUCACACGCGAAUGGCAAAUCACCGUGGGGAGCGGAUACUGUUCGACAACUGCAGAACAUUUUGUGACAUCCGAAGUGCGUUUGGGGAACAGCCGAAACCCAACUUCGUUACAGCGUUCUCAUGAUGGUUGGGCCGUAGGGACCAGGUUGAGUGGCGCGUUUAGGAGUUCCACACCCCUCAAUGAUCUGCAAAUAAGCCUACUAUCUCCUCUGUCAUCAACGCUCAACCGUCCGAUCUAGGGAUCAGAAAACUUUUCACCCAAGUGAUUGAGCCUGACAGCUGGGACGGGGUACUAACUCACCCAGGUUUCGGACUCGCGUUCGAACUCAUCAUCAUUAAGUUAAAUAGACAAGGGGUAGAGGACGCUCAGGGAAGCAGCAGUUACAGAACGCAGGUCCUACGUAACUACACCUGUACUUAAGGUAGCCAUUACAUAGCACGUGCAUCCUACAGGCUGCUGUUCCCGAUAAUGUGUUUGAAAGGUUAAAUUCAACCGUCAGGAGGACGCGGUUCGAAUCACUUUCUUCGCAGACGCUUCCUAAGACUUCUCCGUUGUUUGUAUUAACAAUGUGUGUGAAUAGGGGGCGUUCUGAUUGGUUCAACGGUUGGAGACCUCCGCUCUUCGGUAAGUCUCUACCUAAGUACGAAUUCAAUUUCUGCCUAGGUGCUUCGAGAAGUACGUGUACAUGAUAUGUACAUUAUGCAACUCUCCCCCCUGUAAGCGCCCCGAUGAUAAAAUGAGUGCCCUCAAGAUUGGCACUCGAGAUCACGCAAGCACUACGAAAGUAUGCACAAAGAGAAGGCAGCCGCGGUAGGCUGAAGGUAGAUUGUUGAUCGUGUCAUACAUGAAUAGUAGUAAUGGAAGAUUUGCGGUUGGGGCAGCACGCCAGACUGUAAGCCGACGAAAUGCAAGAAAACACAGAAAUUGUUUGGAUUUCUGUCGAAAGCCUUUUCGUACGCCUUCGUACUGCGACAGAGAUGAACGUGUUGGUCAAGAAAUAAGCAAUAAGCAAAUUUCCACAAAAUAACGGAUUUUGGAAAUUGGUUUGAUCUCAUGGCAGCGACUGUUGUACACGGUGUAGUGUCAGCAACGACUUGCAAAAAGAUGGCAAGAUAAAACCCCGUAUGAUGUGAUCGAUGAUCUAUUGACAGUUAAGUGGUGUCCUCCACCCUACCAUCGUCAAAGCCUCCAGGAAAUUGAGAUUAUUCUUUAAGCGACUGAACCCCUCUUGUCAGUUGAAUGCUGGCCCCGCGAGCGACUCACUUGCUCGGCUUGACGGCACCGUGGCACAGAGUGUCCGUAGCCUGAAGGUCCAACCGUCGCAAGUGACGACAACCACUGUGUCCCCGACGAAGUCGCCGCAGGACAGUUAUUUGUGCGUGAAAACAUUUGUGGUGAGGCGGAAUUUACACUUCAUUUAACGCACACGCUCCUCCCUAAUUCACCUUCCUACGAUGACACGACAAUCCAGAGGAAGAAGAUGAUGCGAUCGCUGGAAUAAAACACCUACUGGUUCGAUGUUUCGGAUUCUCGCCCGAACCCAUCAUCUGAAUGCCACCCAAAUGAGAUUUUCGAACAUCCGGAAGACUAAUCUCUGUUAGACCGUCCUGACCGAUUAGGUCUACCGUGUGCUGCAUAGUAGUGUAGGAGCAGGCAUGGCGACCUACGUAUCAUUCCUUUUAUGGUGGUAGUAGACUUACUCUGCGUCUCCCGCAGUCUCUCCUGCUCCCUACAGGGGCCCGGUGUCAAGACAUUGUCAAGAAGACCGGGGUGGAAGGAAUCGCGGGUGGCGGGCGCGGCCGAAACCGCCCCGAGGCGUGCCACAGCACCCGGCUCGGAUCCUAAGGAGUGGGAGUGUCUAAGAGGCUACAUUAAGAAGGAGACAUUGGAGCCUGACUCUCCGUCUAUCGGCCGGUCACACUACACCAAAAACACGUACACUGGGCCGACUGAGAGGUCCAAACUACCUCGUCAGUUGGCAACUUUCCAAGCCACGGCUUUUGGCACACCACGAUAGCCUCAGUCGCGUCAGAUUGUUUGUAGGGAAGUGCGCUGAGUUGUCGACCUCACUCUCCAUUCCCAUUCUCAGACCCCAUCCACUGUGCGAGGCGGCCAGUUUUCGGUCUUGCAACCCCGUCUGCGCGUGCCCCACACAGGACUCGGUCUCCCGAACACAAGUACAGGAUUUCACACAAAGUUCGGCGGGCGGCGCUUAUCUCAUAUUCGUCAUACUGAGAAGGAGCCAUUGCGGCCUGACUUGCAGUCCACAAAUCAACCUCUCAACACAAGCCAUAGCUGGGCUGACCGCGUGGAUUGAGUUAAAGCGUCAGUCGCCAACAUUCCAAGCCACGGCGCCUAGCGCGCCGCAAGGAGUUCUCCUGUUCGAUAACACUAACAACAGCCUCGACUCCUGCCGUUAGGAUUUUCUCACGGCGUGCAGACAUUUGCCCAAAACGCCCUGUUAGCACCCGAACUGAGGAUCAGACAGACGUCUGCAUUUUUUUCCAGUACUUUUUUCAUAGCUCAACAAGAGAUGGCAAGCAAGGAACACGCGCAAUUCUGGUUUCAACACACACACACACACACGCGUUCUCUGUUUCUUUCAUUUGCGACUCCUCGCAUGAGAAAGAACCCUCUCCUACUGCCGUGGCUACCGCCGAGAGGGCGAGGGGGUGGCUUGAUUGCAUGGAUUCUGUUUCCUUUUUGUCAUCAAGAACACGGCUAGCUGGCAUUGUGGUUGCCUUGCCUGGCGGUCGCAGUCCCUGCUGCUGUAAACCUCGAAUGGCGACAGGAUGGAUGAGGAGGACAGAUCGUGCAGCUGUUGGGGAUGCCGGGCGGCGAGUGUAGCACGAUGGUGGUGGUGAUUGGCGGCGGGGGGGGGCGUACGCUUGCAUCAACACCCCCACCGCCGCUGCCGAUGAUUUGACAGCCAGUGGUGGUGUACAGUACUGUGCGACCUGACAACGAGAGGCUAAUGUCAUGCCUGUGGCGUCGAGAGAGCGGUAACUUUGUUAGUGUAGAGAACUGUGCUACAGGCGGUUGCCAAGCGCGAUUAUAUUUUCGACCAGCUACAGCGCGUAGAUGAUAGUUGGCCUGAAUCGGCCAUAUUUGAAACCCGAACGGGAAGAACUGGGAUUUGGCUCGUUACAAUAUGAUAGGCAACAACUCUAACAGGUUAGCAAAUGUUCAAAGCCACAAUCGCAUAUCUCCCUUAGAGGCAAGCUUUUAGAUGGAGCUAAACGGCGUUAGCGCACCUCGUGACACAUUUGUGGAGCUUUUGUAAAUAAAGCAACAGUCUGGUAAACAGAACGAUAAGACCUAAAAAGAUAUUUUAAGACUUAGACCAUAUCUGCGACGCCUAUGACAAAUAUUUUCCCGGCGAGAUCACCUACAUCUUGUUCUUCCUGAGAUACUCGGCCAUUUUAAUGCAGAUUCAAGUCGCGAGGAAGGAGACACGAUCGCUGGAACAAGAGCCUGACGUUUCGGAUUCUCACUCGAAUCCAUCAUCAGCGACAGAGUCAGAUGAGGGCGGUAAAUUGCCCAGCUGUUGCAGUAUUUAUAGGAUGCAGUUGCUAGGCCGCUACGUGCCUAUCUCGUGAGGAUGACCACUGUUCCUGAUGCCAAUAUCGGCAAACCAAAUUGCCCAAGAGUCCACACAGAUGACGAAAUCCGGCCACCAGCAACUCGGCUACGUGCGAUGAGCGUGGGAGCCGAUAAUCUUGACAGGCACACAAGAGCAUAGCAACUGCAUGGCAACUGAAUACUUCAACACCUGGCUUGUCGAGUCGUGAUGCACUCAGGAGCUCCCAACGGCAAUAGGCAUGUAGCGGACUAGCAACUACAUCCUAUAAAUACUGUAACACCUGGGCAAUCCACUACCCUUACCUGACUCUGUCUCCGAUUCGAGUGAGACUCCGAACCCUCAGGCUAAUAAAGCUUCUGUCCCAGCGAUCGUGUCUCCUUCUUCACGAAUACCUCCUGAAACUCGCCUCUUCGCUUCUCUUGGCAGAUUAAAGUAUGCAAAUCAUCCGGUUUAGUUUUCUACAUUUCGAAAUUUGGAGAAACCCACUACCAGAAGGCUAAGAAUCCUUCCAGAACUGAAAACUGCGUAUUUCGGUUGUGUUGUCUGUUGUGUGGUUCACAGCGUUCGGUCGUAAACGUUUUUGUUGGUGGCGCUGAAGACUAAAAUUCAAACUACGACCAACGGGUUGGGAAAUUCCAAGCGUUUGCCCCCUUUUCGUUUUGUUUAAACGGGUACACUCGGAAGCACCCGGAAUAUUAGCUUGAGUAACUACAUAUCUGAAGUAAAGAGCUCGCAGAAACAUCGAUUCUAGGAUGAAAACCACUUGCAGCUGUCUGGAAUGCAACGAAUAUUUGUUGACUGGAGCACAACUGCGAAUAUUUUCCUUGUUCAGCUAUUUUUAGGCGAAAUGUGCGUACUUGUCGACUGCAAUCGAAAAAACAAAGAGUUCUCAUCAGAUAACGACUUUUUUGACCAGUAAGCUAUUGGCAGAACUAGCCUCGUAUGUGCAUGACAGUAGAGUUCAUGCUGUUUGGAACGAAGAGAAGCAACGCUGGUUUCGUUUGGAAAAAGUAAAAGCGAUUAUUUUAGAAAACUUCUUUUAGGCAGAUGAUGAUCACAAUUAAACUUCAUUUAGUGCUGUCUAAUGAAUUCAUGGUCCUGACACUAUGGACGGGAACUACUUUUAUACACAAUUCACCGGCCGACUUUCUUCCAUUAAAGAACCUUGAUACUUACCAACUUGGCUCAUGCAUAACUGGUGACGGCCCCGGAAAGUCGAAUUUGAAAAAACACCUGCUUAUUCUUUCGAGAUGACCCUUGUUCAGUUCGACAUAAACAAACAUCCCGCUGGUAGGACCUACAUAUGUGGACGUCUAAACAGGACAUGAAAGCAGGAACAGCCUGCAACAAGCAUGACUUUAAGCCACUUUCCGGUGAAAUUAGAGCUAGGGUUAAGUUAAGGUUCAGGGUUAAGUUUAGAUUUCAAGUUAACGCUAACGUAUGCCAGGAUCACGCUUAGGGCAAAGGUAGGGGCUACUGUUAACUUCAAGGCUAAGGUUUAAGGUAGGUUUAGGGUUAAGAUUGGGACAACGGUUUAGUUUUACAUUAGAAUUGUUGUUGAGGUUAGGACAUGGAAAUAUUUUGUCAUUUCUAGAAUUAUGCGCAAGUCUACCUUUAUUACUUGAGUGGGACUUUUCUAUUUCCAUGUCUUGUUUGGGCGUGCACAUACGUCAGUGCCGCCAAACCCGGUCCCCACAACCCAUUAACUAUUUCUAGCCAUAUUAGUAACUUCGAAGUCAAAUUAUUCAUAUCUAAGUGGAAAUUUCUUCCUAGCGGGAGGCGUUAAACGCAACAAAGUAAGAGGAGAUGAUGUUUGAGCAUCUGCGAUUUUCGGUUUUUAUGUUCAUCAGUCUGACUGAGUCCGCCAUUUGUUACAUAAUACUCAUGCAAGCGGUAAGUGGCAACACUGCCUGAGACUUUUUUGUCAGAAUCGUUUUAUGAGUGACUUGAAACGCGAGAGACCACAACUCGUCCAGACUAUCCCAGUGUUUUUGAGAUAUUUGGUUCUUAUAUUGAAGUUAAGCUGCCAGGAUGGAGGUAAAGGUAUCGCUAGAUUAUUUGAAAAGGUUUAGGCACGCUGGCAAACAGGGGGUUUUUUGGAUAUCGAGCAGAUCUGUCGGGGAGCUCAAUUGUGAAAUCGCACCUGCGAUAAUUGCUACAGUGGAGUCACGAAGAAACAGCGUUUGCUGGUUUGACCUGAUAACAGAAUGGACUUCGGGCAUUCCGAGCGUCAAUCUGCAAUCUCUGACAUCGAUCGUCUGACAAAGAACGGCCCUUAUUUAAAAGGCAACACUGGUGGGGGAGGGAGAUGGGGUAGACUCCUGCGUCAUUCAAUGUUGGAGAGUGGCCGGCUGACGAGGGAUGGUGGAUCAGAAACGGCCAUGUUAUUGCUUGCAUGGAGUUUUGGCCAAAGGUAUUAGUCAAAACGAAGUUCUCGUAAUUAGUUCCGCAAUCAGAUUUUCCUGGUGAUUGCCAAUCAUACGUGAUCCUGAAUAUCCCUGACCGCGUGACUUAACUACUACAGCAUUGGACUUGGCGAUCACAUUGGACCGGGGGCGCAAAUUCCAGAUCCCCCGUGUCUCGUUACAUAUGGCUGACUGAAGACGGUGGUCAUAUCAAAGACGGUUUUCGGUAAUACAUGUCAAUUACGGUAGAAUGGGUAUAGUUGUGGCUGGCUAUUGACGGCUAAUAGGUUAGAACUGGUUACCCAAGCCUCCCUUGUCUUCGUCGAAGAGGUAAUCCCCGGCAGAGAUGAGGUAACUAUGCGAGGAGUUGCACAGUCUUUUCAUUCCUUGACGAUGGGCUUGCGUGAGAGUUCGUAACGUCGGGUAAAUAAACAAUUAGCCCCAGCGAUAGCUAUCCCGUCUUGUUCUAUAUACAGUAGGUGGGCUAACUCAUGAAAUGUCAACCGAAAUCCCAAAAUGCGUCUCCGUUUCGAAAAGAUUAGAUAAAUAGGGUUGUAAAACUAACCAGUCUGCAGUAUAAUUAUAUAAUAUUUCAGUUGCGUCAGGAUGCCGGCUUUCGAAUGAACUUCCUUCCGGCUGCAUGCGAAAACGACACUCUGCAGAAAAUGACUAUUUAAGUAGCAUGAAUUUUUCUCUUUGAUCUUCGACGCCCCCAAAUGCUCAAUUAUAUUUCAUGGAAAACAUACAUAAAAUAUUCAUUCUUUUGUUUAUUUGGUAGGAAAUUACGCCUUCUUCCAAUUUUAUACUCGAAGGAAAGACAUAAUUUAGUCUUAAAAAGGUUGCUAACUGUAGGACUUUUAAAUACCGUGAAAUGGCCGUUCAUAAAUCGUCAUUUCUGUGCGUUUAUCAAUGUGGCUAGCAAAGUUAGCAAUAUGGCUCGAAUCCACUGCUGAAUUUUAUGAACCCUAUAUAGUCUCCUCUUAAUACCAUAAAGAAAUGUGUGCAUUUCCGUAUGCGGAAAGUAUACUGCUUGUGGUUUGGAAACCCUGAAUCUAAGUGUAACGGUACAGCGGGUUAAAAAUUAUUCGGGAAUUGGAAAAGUCUUUGAAAACAAAUUUAUACGGAUCCUUUGAGUAUAACAUUGAAAGAGGACUUAAUUAUCUAUCGAAUGAGCAAAAGAAUAAAUAUUUUUAUGCAUGUUUUCCAUGAUAUAUAAUUGGACAUUUGGGGCAUCGAAUAUCAAUGAGAAAAAUAGGUGCUACUUAAGUAGUCAUUUUCUGUAAAAUAUCGUUCUUGCAUGCGAUCGGAAGGAAGUGCAUUCGAAAGUCCACAUCCUGAGGUAGCUGAUUUAUUGUAGAAUUAUGUUGCAGGUUGACUAGUUUAGCAACCCUACUUAAUUAAUCUUUUCGAAACGAAAACGCAUUUCGGAAUUUCGGUUGACAUUUCAUGAGUUAGCCCACCUAGUGUAUUUAUAACAGAAAUUAAAGUUACUCUGUAGCAUAUAUUUUAGCCUGACUUCCUUAACACCGAGCGUUCAUGCAGAGGAGGGCCGCAUGUUAAAAGCGAAAGCGACCGCAAGUGUGCGACGUUAUCAACGCGGCUUAGACGGUUCCCGACUUUUAAAAAACACAGCGCGUCGUUGCGGAACGACUCCCUAGAAAGCUAGCAAGUUUUCCGAGGCAGAAGCCGCGCCGAAAUCAAACCGACGUGCAGGACAGACCUCCUCAUCCAAGACGCCCACAUGCUCGACUGCCUGUGUCCUUGAAACCACCUCAACAAAAAAGCGAAGAAGGGCGGGAAAUUUAAAGGAAUUUUUGAAGGAGUCUCCCAGCCUAAACACUGAGGGGUGCUACACUCAGAAGCAGCCCGUUCAUGCUCCCAUAAACACUUAUUGCGGGUGGAGCUGGUCAGACGAGAACAUUUGUAAUGUACGCAGCUGUGCGACAUUCCGAAUCGUACUACGCGCUGGUAUAAACAGCAGCCUUGUUUUGGUCAAGCUGCUAACUACACUUUUAACCCACUGUACUCUAGUUUUUUUUCGCAUUUGUUCCCGCCUAGUCAUAUUCAGUGCCGAGAAAUUUUCUAAACAGGCGGAAGGGGAGAUUGGCAUAUCGUUUACGAUUUUCAGUCUGCCGUGUGCGAAUGAAGAUGAUUUUACAAAAUGACACUUGGAAACUGGGAUUUAGGAAAAAAGAUAUGGACUUGAAAAUACGCUUGGUGUUCAGAGAGAGAGAGAGAGAGAGCGAGGAAAAGAGUAAGAGGGAAAUGUAUAGCUUAGUUCUGUCCUUUAAAAAUUCCGACAAUAAGCAGGCAUUUUGUCCAUUUGAGGUGCAGAUCAUAAAACUGUGGGGACUUGCAAUUAUUGUUGUUAACUUCACGGAACAAAUUAUUCAGGCAAGUUUGUACAAGGGCAGAUGGAAAACAAAUUAGUAUUUAUAAACCGCUGAUUACACAUUGGCAGGAUAUAAAUAUUAUGCGGUUUUUCUACUAAGACUGAUUGGUUUCACUAAUGAACUUAUUCAAAAUAAGCAUAUUAAUUUCAGAGAAAUUUAAGAUGCCUGACGUUAAAGAACUGAACUGUGUACCAAGAAACACGUGGAGUGCAUUGGAAAAUGCAGCGAUGAACCGAAUUCCUUGUUGGGUCUAUGGUAAACCAAUAACCAUGGUAUUACCGACAAUGACUAGGGAGACUGGAAUGGCCAUUUCUGGCUUAUUAGCCAUCAUUCAUAUUGACCCAACUGUGAAAAACUCGGCGCCUCGGUGGGAUACGAACCCACGCAGUAAGGGGAAGGCUUUAGCGCAGCCAACGCUCUAACCACAUGAGCUACGAGGCCCCUCCGGACGACGCGAGUUUAAUCACAUUUGGGUCAAGUUACCCGCCCAACCUACUGCAACGUCUGGAAUCCACCAAAUCUGAUACAGUAAGCUGACUGCCCAAGCAGGAUUUCCUAAGUAAUUCACCUAGAAUUCACCAGAUGACUACCAGGCUCGCGUAAUUCAUUGAUAUUUUGGCAGAUUUUUGAAUUAUUCAUAUUGACCCAACUGUGAAAAACUCGGCGCCUCGGUGGGUCAAUAUGAAUAAUUCAAAAAUCUGCCAAAACAUCAAUGAAUUAUUAGCCAUCGUCCGCCAGCCAUACCCAAGCCCGAAGUGUGGAACACCCGAGCCUCGAACUCGCGACCUGUUGGUUUAGAAGUCCACGCCUCUACCCACUGGGCCACGAGCCCGUUGCCCUGUCGGUUUCCGAUCGGAAAUAUACAAUCGUAGGGGGGGCUCACCGAUCGUUCAUACGGAACUCACUCGAUCCGUUGUGCCUUAAGGGCUCUCUCACUUGUCUUUGUCGGUAAUGCCAUUCUGCCUAUGUAUCAUGCGCCGCUGUGCGGCUGCUGGUUGGGCUCGAGAGAGAGCCCUUAAGGCACAACGGAACGAGUAGGUUCCGUAUGAACGAUCGGUGAGCGCCCCCUACCACCGAUAACCAUAUAUAUGUCAGUGGUUUAUAUCUCACUCCCAAAAUAGCCAAUCACAUAAAGCGCAGACAAGUGUUUCGCUGAUGUUUCUGCUCUUGGAUGGAACAACAGCUAGGCAUACCACUCCUUGUUGGUUAUACUUGCGUUCCCUGGUAUAUGAGCUCCAGGAAAAUAUCAGCCUAAUGACCUCAUAAAUUAUGAAGUUCCGGGACCUAAGUCGUACAAAAUUAAAUUACAAAAAGUACCAGAUGCUUUGGAAUGAACUUUUUGUUAUUAUUCCCAUGAUAGUUGAUUGAUUUUAGCCUUUGAUUGAACAUUUGCUGUUGACUCUAAAAUUUCCUGCCUUGGACACUUGCCUUCAGGUCCUGCAUUUAAUAAUUUCCGAAAUAGUUUGUUUCUAUAUAAAUGUUACAUAUAUAUAUAUGAAUGCAGAAUAGAAUUACUGACAAAUACAAAGGAGACUGUGAUGGUCAUUUCUGGUUUGUUAGCCGUUGUCAGCCAGUCAUACCCAACCCCGAAGUGUGGGACACCUGGAGCUCGACCUCUCGACCUGUUGGUAGGGAGCCCAACGCGUCUAACAACUGAGCCACGGGCUCGUCGUCCUGUCGGUUACGAUCGAGAGAGAGCCCCAAAGCAUAACGGGAUGAGUGCGUUCUGCAGCGCGAUCAGUGAGCACGCGCUCCACCAGUGUAUAUUCCCGAUCGCAACCGACAAGACAACGGGCCCGUGGCUUAGUGGUUAGAGGCGUUGGACUUCUAAGUAACAGGUCUCGAGUUCGAGCCUCGGAUGUUCCACACUUCGGGGUUGGGUAUGACUGGCUGACGACGGCCAGAAAUGACUAUUCCAGUCUCCCUUGUCUUUUCGGCAAUAACAUUCUGCCUAUAUAUCAUGCGCCGCUGUGCGGCUGCUGGUUGGGCUCGAGAGAAAACCCGUAAGGCAUAAUGGGACAAGUGAGUUCCAUAGGAACGAUCGGUGAGCGCCCCUCUACCAAAUAUAUAUGCAGCUUUCAGGACUAUUUCUGGGCAAACUAUUUUUAACUUCUAACUUCUUUUAUCUGGAAAUUUUCAAUGCCUAAAGUCAAGCGCGUGAUCACAAUCUUUUCACAAUCACAAUCUUUUAUGAAUGGUCUUUAUACGGAUGACUAUGAUAGUUCGACCGCCGCAUCCGACGACGCCCACCGCGUACUCCACAGCAGGUACGGUGACUUGGGCAUGAAUUAGCUCAUAACGAGAGUAGACUUUCGCAGCAUCUACAGCGCUCUCUCCUUCUCCACUAAGAUAUGUUGUGUGGGAGGCAGUUGUGAAAAUAUCGCGUUUCUCCCUAGCGGUAGUAGCGUUCGUAGGUGAAACAAGAAGUCGUUCCUUCCCAAUGUACUAUGCCUAGUUCAAAAAUGACAGUUGAAUCAUGAAUCUCAGACGUAGAAGUUUUCGCGAGUACUGUAAUUCUGCUCCAUUUUCUGCACUCCAAAAAACUACGGGUACUAAAGUCAUUGUUCUUUUUUUCAAAAUAGUUCAUCGGCACAAUGGAGGUACCGCGGCCGCAAAAUAGGCUGGAGAUCGUCUCUUCCAUGCGCCGGAUUCGUGUGAGUUUCAGGAUUUUGUGUGCGCACAUUUUAUCCCUUCCUGCAGAAUCAAUUUCAACAGUUUACUCAUUUUUGCAUCUGCUUGAGAUGGCCCAUUUGAAAUCUCUGACUGUCGUGCUCUCCUAUCUGGACACUCGAAAUCACUUUCCUCCUUUAACGUGUGGUUAAUUGAAUACACAUUUGAACUCGUUUUGCGGGCAACCGGGUACUGAACUGGCUCACUAACGACAACUUACUAGCCAGAAAUUGUCGUCCCAGUCUCCGCGGUAUUUUCCGGCGCUCUCUUUUCCAUUUAUAUGUAUAAAUAUGGCAAAGAUACUAUACAGUACUCCCGGCAAUUGUACCCGCUAGAAGUCCAGACACGGGCUUCCCUGAUAUUCUGCCGCUGCGUGACACAGCUGUGAGGGUCUCGGUUCCUCAAUGAGCCCCCAAGCGUCUUCGUGCAGUUAAUGAUAUAUGAACUCCAGAGAAUAAUCAAACUAAUAAUGUCAGAGAUUAUUCAGCGCAGGACAUGGAGUUAAAAUGAUUGGCUUCUAGCUAGAACUUAUGUCUGGAGUACGGUAUAAUUCCGUUGCCGUAUGUAAUUCACACAACGUAUACUAGACUUGUCUUUAGAAUGGUUAUUCCACAGUAGCUAAUUGUCUUCGACUCAUAGGCUCACCGAAAUUUCGGGUCUGACCGCAAAAAGUCCUGUCCGGUGACUUAGUGUCCUGCACUGAAUAAUUUCAGAAAUGACUUGCUCGAUAUAUACAAUAUAGAACUGAAAGUGUGAUUUCGGAAAAGAGGUGAUAGGAAGAAUAAAGCUUUCCGAGAAGCCUUUUCUCAGCCCACGUAAGACGUAAAAUACGUAGUAAAUGGUUCAAUCAUGCUCCGAAAAUACGUACUAUCAAAGAAUCUGCCAGUUAAUAACUGUGUACUGCGUGCAGGGUACAGUAAUUUAGAUUUGCAAACAUAGAAGCCGGCCGAAAUGGACCUAUAUAGCACAAAGGUAAACGGAAGUGCUCUAAAUUAUGUCCCCAAUCCUUAUUUCGGGAGGCCUUUCCUCGUAAAUAUUUCUGAUCUACUUAAAGGUCCAUGUGUGAUCAAUGUUUUCCCUGCAGAACCUUCCACGACGAGACUUAACGGUUCAGUCUUUUGUCAACAUGCAUAUUUUUUCUACUGCUUUAGUAUGAAUUCAAGGCGAAAGGUGUCAAAAAGCAGAAGGUUCUCAUAAAGGUCUCCGCCGAUGGUGUCUUUGUGUAUGGUCGAAAUAAACCCAAGGUAAGAAACAAAAGUCUUCAGUGUUAUUUGAAAUUCGACCUUAAGGGUCAUAAUAAAAUUAUGAAGUCAAAAACAAUAUGUUGAGUACAAGGCCCGCCUCCAGUCACUCCCUCUCUUAGGCUCAUGUACACAUAUACAUAUAUACAUAUGUACAUAUCGACAUGCACAUAUAUGUCGAUAUGCGUAAAGAUUCGAGGUCCAGACAUCGUAUCGCCUUCACCUUCUCCCGAAGAAGAUGAAGAAGGGAAGGCGAAUCCAUAGACCAGACCAGGGAGACCAGUCUCCCUUGUCUUUGUCGGUACUAACAUACUGCCGAUAACAAAGGAAUGUAGGAAGGCCACUUAUACACGCCAAAUCCUGAGCUACCCCAGUAAGCACCGGUUGUGCCACAAACUCAGGUGUGUGCAAACAUUCUACAGAAAAGCAGAAACACACUGCAGCGAGCCGGACGACAGAAGGCCAGAACAACGCUACCUCCAGCGCCUCUUCAUGGCCACCAGGUAUCCUCGCAACUUCAUCGAUCGCGGCAGGCAGGUUGAACCAAGACGACGUUUGGUGACAGAACGGCCAAAAUUAUGACAGGCGCUUCCAUACAUCGAAGGAGUUUCUGAGGCGGUCUCCCGUCUCUUAAGACCGCUGGAGAUCGGCACGAACGUCAUCUACCGGAUUCAUUGUGACUCCUACGAGGUUAACUACAUUAGAGUGACCGGCACACGACUACAGACCCGUGCUGGAGAACACAUGGGGGCAGUAGAAAGGAUGGACACUUUGUCUCUGGUGGCAGAGCACUGCGCCGAUUCUGGACACACGUUCGCCUCCAAAAUGCCGAAAUUCUGGGUCGAGGAAACGACCGCAUAGCCAGGGAAACAAUCGAGGCCUGGCGCAUGGGGACAACCUCCAUAAACCGUUGCCUGGCUCUUCCCGUUGCACACGAAGCCCUACGGGUGCAGCUCAGUCAACGAAUAAGCAAACGGGAACUCAGGCUAAACAUGAAUCCAAACAUGCGCGAGUAUAUGGCUAAUACACACUCAGUCGCCCCUAAACCGGGGUCUGACGAAGGCGCAGUCGUCACUACAGCCGUACCAUCCCCUAUUCCGGCAGACGAAAAAACAGGCAGUCGUGGCAGCGUAAACAAGAUUGUCAGUCUUGGACGGCAGCUAAGGUCAAUGAGGGUACGAACGACGGCCACCAACGUCUCAACGCCGGCCCCCGAUGUAAACUGAGUACAUUCCGUCACCCUCCCUCCCCCCGUCCGCCACAGCCCUGUGUGCAUGCGGAUGAUGAUCACUAAAGCUAAUACACCACCCCCUCAUCCGGCAACAAGACGCUCUAGGACUCCCUCCCCGCCCUGACUGUAUACGUAAAACUCGUCUUAACAUGACUGCACCCCACCUCUAAAUUCUGAGGCGCAAUACUACAUUCACCUCUGACGAUGGGAGCUUGUUUGCUUUUGAAACGUUAGGACAGUAAAAGUAUGGUUCCCGAGAUCGCCUCUAUUUUUCCUUUAUGUCCGGGGACGCGCACCUUUACUUCCAUUAGCAAUAUAUAUGAUGGAAGGACAUAUAUAUAUAUAUUCAAUCAGGAAUGGGCGCACACCGAUCUAUUGGCCUCACGAAGCAAACAAGCCCCGUAUGGGUGGCAAAGGUCACGAACAGGCAACCAAUUACCAGGCCGAAGUCGGCCACGUCAUAAUAGCAGCAAGGAGGGACGACAGAGAAUGCGGAUAGAUUCAAUCUGCCCGCAUUCUCUGUCGUCCCUCCUUGCUGCUAUAUAUAUAUAUAUACUUGAGCAGAGAAGGCAACUUCGAGAAUCUCAGAUCCACUGCUCCGACGUUUCAAAAGCAGACGAGCUUCCAUCGUCGGAGGUGAGUGUGCCAUCGCCCCUCAUGGUACUUAUGGGCGAUGACAAUCAUGUUAAAACGGGUUUUCCUAUGCAGUCAGAGCACCAGGGCGGAAGGGGUGGGAGGACAGAUCCUCGAGCCGCCGGAUGAGGGGACGGCUUUUUGACUUUGGUGGUCAUCGUCCGGGCGGGGGGAAGGUGGGUGGUGGAAUAUUCUCAAUCUAUGUGCCUCUCAUCGAGGGCAGGCCUCGAUGACCUUAACUGUCGUCCUAGGCUGGCGGUCUUGUUUACGUUCCCAUGACUGUGUAUUUUUUUCAUCCGGCAGAUUAGUGGAUGAUACGGCCGUAGUAACGACUGCGCCUUUGUCGGAUGAGGCUGCGUGUGUGUUCGCCAUAACCUAACUCACGUCCGGAUUCGUGUUUACCCCGGGUUCGCGUGCGCUGUUUUGUUCAUAGGGUUGCAUCCGCAGGGCUUGGGAGGCCGAGGCAAACGCCACAUGGCGGCUAAUGAAAGUCGUCAUCGCGUGCCAGGCCUCGAUCGUUCCGACUCGACAUCACCUAUAAACACAACAGGCUCACAUAGGCAGCCGCACAGCGAUCAGUUUAUGCAGACAUGGGGGUACAGUUCAAUGCUUAGAGAGUUGAAUUUUAUAACGUUCGAUAUCCGAAGAACACGUGUUCGAACCCCAGAUCCCGCGAACUUUUGGUCGAGCAAGGCUGACUGAGGAGAUCUGAAAACCUAGAAACGACCAGCGCGAUCUACUCUAUCUUUGGCUGUGUCCCAUCAUCUGCAUAUAUCAGUAGUUUGUACAUGUCAAAUCUCAAAGUUGUAUUGUGACAAAGAACAUCGUUUUUGGAACUGCAAGUGGACUCACACAUGGUACAUGAACUACCAAAUCGUUCAAUGUAAAACCGUCUGUAUUUCAAAACAUCGGUGUUAAAAGAUGUCUCAGUCUCAACAAGAGGGCUGCCGUAAAAUACCUUUUUGCGGCUUUUCGGGUUAAUUGGGUCGAAUUUUAGGAGAGAGCCUAAAACCCUUUCCUAAAAACACGCACUACUUCGGUAGCUGUUUCCCUCAGGUCGCUGCAGCAAUUACCAUGUGAAAGCCAGAAUUCUAUGCUGUAUGGGUCAGCCUCUAAACGCCUUCCCUAAAGCAUUUUAAAAGUGUCUCCAGUCGCGUAAGCCUUACGGCUUAUUUAAAGAGUUCGCUCGACGAAACAUGUCUUUGCCGCCUUCAAGUCUCGAAAUUCUGUCACUUCAAUCCCAAGGUGUGCUCGACUUAGGAUGCAAAUGAGUGACGAAGUUAAUCCAGUGCGUUUACAGGAGAUCUGCUUUCCGAUAACAUAAGUAUCUGCUAAGGAAUGCUUUUGGGCGAAGAGUUUCUGCAACUGCCAAUGUCUAUAGUAUAUGGUGUCCGCUAUUCUGGAUCGAAAAGAUGCGUACUCAUGGUCUGGCGAGCAUUCCAACCACCAGCAUUAAUCCUUCAGAGGCCAACCGUUCAGAUCUGACCGUGUUUUAUUUUUGCCCUCUACAGGUCGGCUCACGCCUUUCCUCCGCUCUCAGCAGGAUAUCCAACACCACAACGUCUCCCUCAAUGGGUAGGUUAAAAAUCAAAGCUACUCAAAAAGCUGUAUAAGAUGAAUUUCCGUCUUUUCCGAAAACAGGCCGAAUUGCAAUCCUAUUGUAUAAAAAUGUCGCCCCUACUGGCCAAACUCUAUCACUUGUGGACAGUCUCGAUGUUGCUUGUUUGUACAGAGAAGAUUUUUGGAGGAUGCUAAUGAAGUCCUUGAAAGUGAGCCGUCACCUGCUCAAUAGAGAUGAAUCGGUGGUAGGGGGCGCUCAUUGGUCGCGCUACGGGACACUUUCUUUUGUUAUGCCUUUGGACUCAAUCUCGAGUCCCGCCAGUAGCCAAACAACCGCUGGCAAUAUGAGCGGAUUAACAAUACCGAGCCGCAGGGCUUGCAAAACCUGAGAUUGGAUUUGGUUGGCUGAUAAGAGCUAAUGAGCCAGAAGUGUCAUUUCAGUCUCCCUUGUUUUUGUCAGUAAUGUCAUUCUGCAGAUGAAUCGGUAUUUCAAUGUUUUACGCAUUGUGUGUUUCACUGUUGCAAUGGAAGAUAUCCACCGAUGUCCCACAGGUGAGCCCAGCAGCAUUGAUUUGUGCUUUAAUUAAUUUGAAGUAAGACAGACUUGCGAAGCACCCUGCACACUCACUCCUCACCCAAUCACAUUACUCGAAGUGCAAGUCGAAUUCGGGGCAACAGUGGGUAGCGGUGACAAACAACCUGUCUACGCGUGCCGCACGCACGACCUGGUCCCGACUCCUGGCGCAGUCGACUACAGUUCGGGUGUCCUGGGUCUCACACAAGUUAAAACACCAGAAGGGUAGUGUAGGGGAGGUGACAUUGCAUUCCGACUCCCAGUCCCGAGAAGCACGGAGUUAUCUCGUCAGCUGACAGCCUUCCGACAAACGACUGAUAGCGCGUCAUGGCAGAUUGUAGUGCAUCAGAUUUACUAUGCUGAGGAUGAAUUUCCUUCCAAGUUACGUUUAUUAACGCAUCAAGUUUAUCAUAAUGAGGCGUGUGACGUGAGGACGUACGCCUCACACUCUAUUCUCUCUUCCAUGCAUCCGUCGACUGCCCGAGACUCUCUGCCAACCGGUGAUUAAAUUCGGCAGUUUACGCAUAAGGGGGAUCAUCAGUAAACGUUUACAGGUCCACAGUUUAUUGAUCCUCUGAUUCCUUACAUAGGACUUUUCGCUAUAAUUUCUACCUAGUGCCCUGAACUGGGAUGAAAUCUACAGCACGCUGAGUUGUAUAUGCACGCGGGUUGUAAAUUACGUCUAGGGGCUUUUAGAAGAAGCAAAGAGUAAUCGAAAAUCCGCAUAAAUUCAAAGACGUCUGAUGUCCCCUAUGAAUCUUAACAGGGCAGAAUAACUCCAAGUCUUAGAUGCUUAUUCCACGUUGGAAUAUGGGGGGCAGGGGGACUCGUGAUGGGCAUCGACUUAUCCUGAUUGCGGGACAAGAGCGGAUUUUUUAGUUCGCCCAGCUCGCCCAGCCGAUGGCCUGGCGACUAGCAAUCAAUGAUUGUGAAUUUCGCCAAUAAAAACAAGGACAGUGAAAUGGCCGCUUGCCGAUAUCGAUGACCUAUGGACUCGAGUUCAGUCCCAAUGAUAACAAGUAAGGUAGAACUGGUCAUUCUGGCGUUCUCACCUAUAGAGGCAGAGAACUAGUAGGGAGAAUCUGGACCUCAACUUUCUUCUAAUGAGCAGGCGGACGUCAAUGUUCAAUUGGUAACCUCUAGGCCUCUAGGCUAACGUUCCAGAUGGUAGUGCAGCCACCCAACGUUAAAGACAUGUAUUUUCACUACUUUCAAUUAUAAGUAGAAAUAAAUUGUUAUAUCUCCCAAAUGCCGUUUAAGAAAAGCCUACCUCGGUCAAAUCCAGAGAAAGCGUCUCUGCUGCGAUGGAGUCUACAACCACUUCUCCGGCCCGUAGUGGAAUACUCGGCCUAGGACUGCGUGAUACUGCAUCGCUGGCUUGCGUUCAUCCCUCCAAUGUUAUCCUCUACCAUCCAAUUUACAGGUGGGCUCCAGCUCGAUGCUUUCCUCACUUCCUCUCGACCUCAGUUUGAUGACUGUUUUCUUCCCCUAAUAGGAUCUUUUACGUAUCCCAUGAUUCUCAGGAUCUGAAGAUUUUCAGCUACAUUGCAAGGGAUGGACGAAGCAGUUGCUUCAAGUGUUACGUUUUCAAAGCCUAUAAAAAGGUGAGUCAACGCAUUUUAUCUAAAGCAUCACCCAUUUCGAGGUAUUUCCGACUGUCCUAGGUUUUCCUUUUUCAUGUAUCGAGAUUGUGAGUUCUGCUUAAAUUCCCCUUUGCAGGCGGCUCAAAGGAAUAUCCUUUGGGACGAUGAGUUGUUUUUUAGAAGUUAUAGGAUUCGAUCAGAGUCUGCGUUUCUGCAUAUCUAUGGGCUUUCUCCCCUCCAAAUCCUGGAAUUAUUAAUUAAAUGAAAUCGGAAAUCGAGGUUGAGAUCUAAACUAUUCUGGUUAUAUUUGAGUGUUGUAAUACCCGCCAUUUGUGUCUGCAACCACAAAUAAUCAUCAUUAGUUGAUGCAUCAUGUAUUAAAAGCAUUAGACGCAUGAUCAUCGUUUUACUUUACAGUUACUUUUUUAACUAAAUUCAUUGCGUAUCGAAAAUAGCGAAGGAUUUCAGUUGAUGUUGAAAAAUUAAAAAGGCGAUCUGGCGAGCAUACGUCUGCUUUCGAUAAAUUCUCUUCAGGCCUCCACAUUUAUAUGGCUAUUGAAAUAAUAAAUUAAAAGAUACGGACAAGUAGAAAAUUGAGCUGUAGCUCGGAUUUGGGGAGGGGAGGGGCAGAGUGGAACACCCCAAUUCCAGUCAGCGCCAGAGAGAAGGCGGGUCCCGGUGAAGGUAAUUACAUGCGGGUGGCUGGCUUGGUAACUUUGAGCCAUGGCAACUGUGGGACCUGUAUGAAGUUCUGUGCGCGUAGCCUGAUUGCAUCCGCCUCUGUCGUAGCCAAAAAGCGCUGCCCAAGUAGUUUUGGAUAGCUUGAUGGGACCUUGUUAAUCACUCUGAAGGCCUCUCUGGCGUCUACACGGUGGUCUGUGUCUACCAUGCGCGCGAGGAUGGAGCUGUUGAUAUCCUUUAUUUGACCCUUUCCUAACCAUGCUGGAAGAUGUACUUUUACUUUUUGGACAAACGCCGGCUCGUGCGACCAAUAUACUUUUCCUCACAGGAGCAGGUGAAACAGUAAAUACGCAUAGAGGUGGUCUGAGCGGGUAGUUUGUCCUUGCCCUCUCCGUAUAGGAUAGGACUAGUGGAGAAGGGUGCACGGGCGUCAGCUGCUGGAAAGGUGCGUGAUACAGCUUGAGUUAGGCGUCUUCUUAAAAGUUUACCCGGUGCAUCCCCUUGAAAUGGGAUCCUGAUGAAGGGGCUUUUCUUUCCUGCAGUCAGUAUCGAGGGCUUUGGUGGUCUUUCGGUCAUGUUCUUAGCAAUGAAUCGAUCAGGAUACCCGUUUUGGCUAAAAGGGCUUUCGAUGAGUGCAAGCUCUUUCUCAAUGCUAUCAGCUGGGCAGAUCCUUCUCACCAUUUCUGUCAAACAGAGGACUAAAUUACGCUUAACGUUUAGCGGUAAGAAACUCCCAGAAUAGGUGUAUUGUCCAGACCGCGUAUUCUUACGAUAGACGCUGCGUCGAACACUGCUGUCAGGCCUUCUACUCAGAAGCACAUCUAGAGAGGGAAGCGAACCGAACUGUUCUUCUUCCAGAUUAAGGUUGAGAAGAUUGAAACGUUUUGCAACCUAAAUUGUCAAAGCUGAUCUAAUGGCGAAACAUCAGUUGCCCUUACUCGCCGCGUUUAUUUUGUACUUAUGUUCUAUUUCAGUUACAAGCAAUGCGCAUCGUUCGGACAAUAGGGCAGGCUUUCGACGUCUGUCACAGGUUGGCUCUUCAGAAAAGGGAGGCUGAGGACUCCUCAAAGACCGCCAAGGCGGAGGAGGCUGAGGAAACAGUCAAUAGUUCGAACGAUAAGACUCGACGCAAAAACACGCCCAGAAAGGCCUUCGAACGUGGACAUCGCAGUCACUCCCCCUCCGCCUUCUCCGAACGCUCAACACACCUUCACUCUUCCAUGGACUCGGACGACUCCGACCGAAAUGACGACGACGUCGCAGCGACGGACACAACGAAGCGUCACCGUCAGCAACAAGACCAGCAACAACAGCAGCAGCAGGGUCAAUGGCGCAAAAAGCGCUUCCGAUCACGUAGCUCAGGGACCGGUAGUCCUCUCUCUGAUGAAGUUAAUGAUCGCAGUGGGGUCUACAGCGAACGCUCCGAUGUGGGUAGCCCAACAAAGGAGGCUGUCAGCAGUGGUGCAGCAGGCGGUGGUAAGGGAAUGCCCCCGGCCGCCUCUACUCCUAACGCGGGUGGUUCAAGGUCGGCAGCAAUGACCUUGAAAAAGAUUAAAAAGGCCCGACCAAACAAGGCCGGCGACGGCAGCAGCCGCAGCCAGCGUGGUGAACGGAGAUGGAACUCAGACAGUCAUUCUCGCUCGAGCAAAGUACGUCCAACCUGUGCACACGAAUGCGAGGAAGACAGCUCCGGUACGCCGUCAGAAUUUGAUCUGGGCAGUCUGCAUCGACGCAAGCGUACCACUCGCAGUGGUUUGAAGGAAAGCAUAACUAAUGAGGACUUCCUAUUGUGGACACAGAGCCAGUUCGGAUAUCCCAGCUCAGAGGCCUCAGUUUAUGCCUCCUUCCUGAACCUUGGCGGUCCCGGUAGUGCUGGUCUGGGCGGCAACUUUCCCCAAAGUCGCUCUGUGGAUACGAAUCUUGCGCGGGAUCUCCUCGAGGGAAGUGAGUGCCACCAUAUUAGGGUUACUAUGCCUAACUGGUUCCCUCUUUGUAUCCCUCUUCAUUUAAUCUUAACCUUCCUCUGUCUCUCUCCUUUUCUCAAUCCAGGCAGCACUCAAUCCAUGCAGAGCAACUCGGGUACGCUGCUGGAGCCCCAGUUGCUGACAAAGCUGCUGAGAGAUUUUCAAUCCACCCACCCAGGCUCUUCGAUUUCAACCACUUCCCAGUCGGCGAAUGUGAACGCCAAUGGUCAGCAGUGGCUGCCUUAUCUGACGCCAAAAUCCUUCCCCUGCUCCCCAGAUCUAUUGGGAAUUUGUUCGAAGGUAUGACGUCCUUGGAGGUCACCAAUCACUAGCCCUGCAUUUUAUUGUAGUUUGCACACGGAGACUUAAGAACGUAAAAGAGUAUCUGCCGCGAACUGAAUAUAUAAGACAGCUGAGGAGACAGAGCACAGAGACUCCUGUAAUACGGGCAGGAUGUUAAUAUGAGCACUGUCAGUAGGGCAGAUAGGCGUGGAAGACAUUGAGAAAAUUGUCAUAUUUGUCAUAUGUCUGUCUUAUUACUCCACCGACAUGCCAGAACAAACCGGGAGCAAAUUGGGGACGUAUAAACAGGUGACAAACAGGUAAUCCAAGGUUAGUAGUCAAAAAAGGUCGGUUUGCGCCAGACGGUACGCGGCAGGCAAGCUUAACCCAAACCCUAGCUCUAAUCUUUAGUUUAAGAAUGACUUUAGACCUAGUCCUAGUCCUAGACUCAACCUCCAGCCUAAAUACUGGCCUUAACUGAAAACUUCGAGCGCCAACCCAAAAUCCUGUCUGAAAGUCCCACUACAGAUAAAUAAAACUACUCGUAACUUGUCUACUUAAACCAAAUAGGUAGGCAUGUUAUAAUAGGAAACCCUUCGAAAUUUAACAUGACACCAUUUAUAAUACUGAGGGGUCCAUAUUCCCGUAUCCGACCAUUAAUCGGAGAAUCGGUCAUUAGGGUGUUUGCAGCCGACGAAAUUAUGUUCCUCAGAAGAGCAGAAACUGACCACCUUGAGUCAAAAUGAACUUUAGUUCGCAGAUGAAUAGUCCACACUGCGUGCGUGAAGCCUGUGGACGCCUAAUACACAUUAGUAAGUCUUUAAUUCCAAUGACGUAAUACCGCAUACGGUUAAGAAAUCUGGGCUGACCAGUCGUUCCUAAGCUAACAUAUAUUAAGAGAUGACCAAGCUUUCCACAGACGAUGAAAAUACUUAUUUAUUCCGUAAAGUCCGUUCGAACAAGAAUAAACAGUAUAAUUGAAAGCCAGCCUUUUUUAUAGAUGAAUUAAGCGGUGCUAGAGACCGAACCACAAGGAGCCGCGUAAGGAUGAAAGAACAUCUGCUAAGACUUAUGCUAAACGUGAGUUUGGUGACGAAGCAUUCGGAAAUUGGAGCUAGAAGCAAGCUGGAGGCCUAAACUCCAAUUCCUUGGACUGUUAAAGACACAAUAUGGCUUAAUGGUGCAUGGAAGUGUAACUUAUCCGAGUAGGAAAAGGGUAACCGGCCGGAAAUGGGGAGAUGUUGUGUCUUUGCAGAGUGUACUCUCAGGCAGAAGUUUUAUCAACGUCAUUGUAAUUUAGAACUGUGGUUACAUCCCCUAUUUCCUCCAAGUAUGCUUGGUCCAUGCUUGUCGGUCGAGUAUCUGAUCAUCCGAAGUUUCUCUAUGGUAAUCCUACAAAGUUUACAGUCGAAUUCAGCGCCUAUGAAUGAAGGGUCUGAUGCAGCAUACCAGGAUAUAAAAUCUGAAUGCAAAUAAGCCCUUUUUAAAAGUCAGCGGAAUUUUCUUUGCACUGGUUUCCCAGGCCAUUUUUGGGCGUGCAUUAAAUUCACAAAAUACUUAGCAUAAUAAACACUACUUAAUAAUAAAUGCCGCUUUGUCGUUCCUGUGGAUAAGACAUUGCUGUAGGCUGUCAUCCCGUUCGGAUUGAUUGUGACCUUUUAUAACUUUACUCCGAGACUAUUGCACACGACAUCCAGUUCGAUGGGCUGAUUAAUACAUGAGCCACCGGAGUCAGUGAAUUCAAAAAAUUAUCGCUUCUUCCCAUAUGAACAGACACCAACAAUGGGAGUUUCUCUCCCAAGCUAAUGAACCCAGUUUCUGGUGUGUGGAUGACGACUUGGGACAUGUAAUCUCGCAUUUGUACUACCAGUUGAUGCCGUGUAUGCGUGUAGGGACCAAUUUCCUCGUUUGACCACAGUAAACUGCAUCGGAGGUGUCACAGACGAAUUUUUCCCUGUCAAAAAUGGCCAACUGCAUCUUAAGGAUAUACAGACGGGGUGCGUAGUGAAUUCUUCCGUCCGCGUACUGCCUGUAUUUGUUGCUGCCUUAGGGUUUUUGGGCGUCUGCUAUGUCAUGAUUCAGCAAAUCGUGGCUUUUGCAGCCUGGUGUGUGUUGCCAGUUCUUUGACACCUGGUUCCCUGCUGGUAGGUGAGCUUGCGCUCCCGGCGGGUCGUGUGCAUGGUUGCCCAGCUAUCAUCGUCCUUCUGACCCGUUGUAAUCCUGUUGUUGGCUAAAAUCCUGAUUAAGUGUUUAUUGUGUAUCAGGGGGUGUGGUAGCACGGCUAGGUGCGGGCCCGGCCGUGCCGGCCGCUUACGCCCUCUCCCGCUCCCGGUCUUCUUGACUAUGUUUGAACACCGGCCCCAGAUGCGGAGGAGGAGAGAGUGCGUUAGAUUCGGCGCAAGUCCACUCUCACCAAAAACUAAUCCGCGCGGAAUCACCGUGCCUGCUUCACUUUGCUAUGGAGCAUACGGUAGACAUCGUCGGGCAGGACGGUCGAGAUGUCAUUUAUUGCUGCCUCAGUUUCUUUCAACAAGUUCGGACACAGUCUUAUGGUAAGGAAGGGUUCGCCAGUUUGAUGGUUUGGAUGUCCGGCUGUGAAAGUCUAGCUUCUUGUCGCAAACGAACCUUUUCAUCGGCAUAUGCUUAAUGGUUCAGUUAGCGUGGUCUGGAUUCGUUGCAGGUUUUUUUGCUGUUUCGAGGACACCAAUCUAUCCAUUCUUUUCGUCAAUCUAUUGGAGCCGAACUUUCUGGCUGUUGGUCUCUCAGGCCUCACCUUCUAUGCCUUCCAUUUUUAUGAAUAGUAAUAGCACUUUCGGGUGAUAAGUUGGGCUACCCAGGUACAGAAGAUUCAGAUGCGCAGCUGUGCGGCUGCUGGUUGGGCUCGAGAGAGAGUCUGUAAGGCACAACGGAACGGGUAGUUCCGUAAGAACGAUCGGUGAGCGCCUCCUACCUUUGUGUAUUCCCGAUCAAAACCGACAGGGCAACGGGCUAGUGGGCCAGUGGUUAGAGACGUGGACUUCUAACUAACAGGUCGCGAGUUCGAGCCUCGGGUGUUCCGCACUUCGGGGCUGAAUAUGACUGGCUAACGACAGCUAAUAAGCCAGAAAUGGCCAUUCCAGUCUCCAAUGUCUUUGUCGGUAAUAAAAUACUGCCUAUAUCAUGCGCCGCUGUGCGGCUGCUGGUUGGGCUCGAGAGAGAGCCCGUAAGGCACAACGGAACGAGUGAGUUCCGUAAGAAAGAUCGAUGAGCUCCCCCUGCCACUCUCAUAUUUCUUGGAUUCAAAAUAAGUCAGUUUGGACCACCCAAAUUGACCGUUCUAGUUUAAUUAGCCUUGCCGUUUUGUGUAGGCCAAGUAUCUUUGCUUAGUGUUAAAACAAGUAAGGUUUUUAUGCAAUUCUUGAUCCCUUACCAGGGUCGUGACCAGCGCGCUAUUGUCAUCCUUUCUUUUAUGCUCUGCCUUCCUGCGUGCAUGCAGAUAUUAAUCUUCCAAUACUUGUUACUGAAGACAAUUCAGUAGUGUUUUUGUUUACUAUAUCAUAGGAAUCUGAAAGGUCCACCUCCUCGAUCCUCUCAAGGCAACUGGAUCUCCUCGAGGCGACAAUGGUUCGCUCCUGUAAAAAUGAUCUACGCUCAAGUUCUCAGAUCCAUCUGGCCAAGCAGGAAAGACUCGCAACGCCUCUAACCGUUGGCGAGACUGGCAGUCAGCUUCCGGCCUCAGCGACCUCUCCGAAUUUAGCCUCAGAGACAACGAAGACCGCCGAGACAGCGGCGGCGGCGACAGCAGCCACGAACACGAGUGAAACUGAGUCCUUCCCCAGCAGCGCGACCGACGCAGAAGCCAUUUCCAUGGGACUGUCAGCGCAGACCCUGAGCCUUCUGCGGAAGCAGUUAAAUAUGCAGGAGACGGAGACACGGAUUGCUCUGUAUCAGAUCCAUCGACUAAUGACUCAACUUCGACUCGAAGCGACAGCCCGUUUAGAGGGUCAGGUAAAUCACCUCCACAGCCCGGCAGUAGAGGGCAAUUGCUCUAGGCCUGCUCAGUCAAAGAUCAUGAUAUCAAAUUAGCGGAUAUAUUUUCAGCUCUGCUCCCCAAAAAGACUUCUGAGGGCAAAAUUCAGAACACUCAAAACAGGCAGCUUUUAAUACACUGUAUUGGAUAGCGCCCUUUUUAGUUGGAUUACAUCUACGUGUAGGGGUAAUCUUAGGGCGAGAGUUAAGUGACUUCUAGGCAGUCUCAUUGUUCACAUUCUUUGCAGACCAACCUCUCGUAUUUUUGCUGUUUUCGCCCCUCGACUGAAAGACUGUCGUCUGAUCGCGAUCUCAAGCACAAAAUGAUAGAGUUAGUUUGCCUUGAAACAUCAAACAGACUAUCGCCAGGAGGAGAGGCAAUGGUAAAACUACGGUUCUGAGGUUUAAUUGACCUAUCAAUAUGCACUGUACGUGCUCAUGCCUACCGGCCAGGUUUUCAGUCAUUAGUGGCUGAGGGAGGAUACAGAGCAAGUCCGAAACGUCGAAUGACUCAUCCCCCCACCCCCACAUUUUACAAGUCAGUAUUUCCAGUUACCUAUAUUCUGUGAAGCGUUAUUGCAAAAAAUAAAUAACGUAUUUGAGGUAUAUUUGUUUUGUUGUCGUUUCAGCACAGAAUUGAACAGCUGCUCUAUCAAAACCGCAAUCUUUCGGAGGGCUUCCACGAGAUGUCGCAACGUCUGCGACGACUGGAACGCAUGAACUCUCGCUCAGGCUCCACCUCUGGACAUCUUGCUGACUCUGUCGAGGGUGCAGACUUGCCCGAACUGCCACGGGAAUCAAACGGCCAUGCAGUAAGUCUAAUACCCGCCGGGGACAGAUCCUGGGGGGUGUUAAAACUGGGAGUUGAUGGGGAGUGCGUCUUCCGUUCGAGGUGCUACCUCGUGCAUGGCACGCGAAAGCUGGUUUUAUGUCACUACCUUACAGUAGGUGGGCUAGCUCAUGAAAUGCCAACUGAAAUUCCGAAAUGUGCUUUUGUUUCGAAAAGGGUAAUUAAGUAGGGCUGUAAAACUAGUCAGUCUACAACUUAAUUCUAUAAUAUAUCAGUUACAUCAGGAUGCCGCCUUUCGUAUGAACUUCCUUCCAGCUGCAUGCAAAAACUACACUCUGUAAAAAGUGACUUCUUAUGUAUCAUGUAUUUUUAUCAUUGAUUUUCAAUGCCCUUAAAAGUCCAAUUAUAUUUCGUGGAAAACAUGCAUAAAGAUAUUCAUUAUUUUGCUCAUCGAUAGCAAAUUACGUCUUCUUCCAGUUUUAUGCUCUAAGGAAGGCUAUAAUUCAUCAGCGGACACACACGAAGGUACUGAGUGAUGUUAAUUUGGCUUCCACUGGUGAGCAAAAUUACUUUAUAUCCCAGAGCACUUUGCGUAAAUAUUAAGAAGGCGUAAUGUGCUGCUUAGCAUAUACUUUCAAUUACGCCGGACAGCUUCCCUGCAAGCGUUUGGAAUACAAUCUCACCCAUCUCCUCACAUGAAAAUUUGCUUCCGAUGCACGAAGUACGUCCAUUGGGACAAGAAUUUUAUUUGCCCGACAUUUAGGAUUGUCAGUAGAACGAGUCAUAGGAGGCUAUUGGUUGUUUGAUUGCGGUGAACUGUCAGGGUUUCACAAAAAAUGGCGACUACUGUGUCGAUUCACAGGGGUGGCCCACGACUGUGGGCAAGAAAGAACCGACUAGGUAGGUCAACACACAAGAGCUAGCAGAUGGAGGAGAGAGACAGAGAAUUUAAUAUUUUGUAAGUGUAAUAGUUUUAUGCCACAGAGCGCCGCUUUUAUGAAAACUGCUCUUUCUGUAAAUUAAGAGUGGGCAGUCAGCGUUGGGAAUUUUGAUCCUGGUGUAUCCUUGGACUGCGUUCCACACCAGCGACGCUUUACAAAGUCAUAUAAUUAUAGCGGGAUCGCCUAACCAGGUCUGAGCAGCGAAGGACAUCGAAAACUUCUGCAUGACUUUUCCCCUCUUGCAGAUGCCCUUACUGCCUCGAACCGGUGGAAACAUCCCCUUCUCCGCAACCUUCUCCAACUCCAAGACGGGCGGUUUUUCCAAGCUGACAGAACUCGAUGAGGCUGUCAGGGGCAUUUUCACCAACUCUCGUUUUGCCGCCAGUCCCGGGAUGGAGGGCCGGAAGACCACGGCCGCCGCCUCCUCCCUAGCCCACCUCCCCUCCAGACUGCCCCGCUCCUUCUCGUCAAUGAUUGGCCAGUCGAGCGGCACCACGACAACGGAACUGCCAACAGCGGCGGCGUCAUCGUCGACGGGAUUCCAGUUGCCCAGCUUGGCGGCCUUUCAGGCGAGAGCGCAGGCCAGUGAGCUGGCAGUCAGCACAGAUCCCACCGUCAAGUCUGGUCCGCUGUCCUCUCCCAUGCCGACCGGGCUGUGGUCGCCUGUGUCGGGUCAGGCCAAAGGUGACAAGGAUGAUGGUUUUUUGGAGUUGGCUGCUAGGUUCUCUGCUACAACUGAUGAUAAGGUAAUCUUCGUGUGCCCAACAGUUCCGUUUUUCUUUCCCUUCUAAACCGCUGCAAGGAAAUGUCAGAGUAGACAGAACUCUAUGACGCUAGGGCCAAAAGGUAUGCAACCGUCUUCUAUGGCAAAAUCAGAAAACCAUAGCCUUCGCAGCCCGGCAUGCACUGGCAGUUUCAGUUUCAGUUUAUUUGAGGGAAAUAUAGGUGGUGAACCUUUGAACUCCCUAUUUGUUACAAGGAAACGAAUUAUAUCAGAUAUUUGAAAAUGGAAACAUCAAACAGCUACAGAGUUUCUUCAGAUUGGCAACAUCUGGUUCCCUGCCGGUAGAUGCGCCUGCGCUCCCGCUGGGUAUGCGGGUCGUGAGCAUGGCUGUCCAGUCCUCCUCUUUUUUUGACCCGUCGUGGUGUUGUUGGUUAAAAUCCUGGAUAAUUGUUGUUUGAACCAGGGGGUGUAGAGUGGAACGCCGAGGUGCGGGCUCGGCCGCGCCAUCCAUCUACCCCGUCUCCGGUCUUAGUUACAUUGUCUUGACACCGAACCCAGCUGGUGAGGAGACACUGCGAUUCAGCGCAAGUCCACACUCAUUAUGAACUAAUUCACGCGAAAGUCACCGUGCCUGCUUCACCUUGCUGUGGAGCACAUGGUGUACAUGGGCAGAUGCGAUGCCCGGACGUCGUCGGCAAAGACGGUCUGACUGUCAUAUAACCCUGAAUCCCAUCAACAUUUCAGGAUUAAAAAUCAGCACCAGAACGACAGAAAAACCACCGAAAACGGCAUCUACUUGCCGUCGGCUUAACUGCAGGCAACAUGACGCGUCUACUAGUGGUGGAUAACGAAACACCUCUCAACGGAAGCUAGCAGGCUCUGAGAUCCAAGUAACAAUUAAUCGCGGAUUAUAUAUAGGCAGUACUUUAAAGCGUGCCUAGGCACCGAUGUGGCUUAUCCGUCACGCAUGAAAAAACUACAGUUCAUGGUGGCAUUUCGGCAUGACGAAAGCUGACCGCCAUUGGCCAGCUGCCUCCUCCCCUCCCUCCCCCAAUUCACACACCCCGCUUGUAUGAAAAGACGAACCUUAAUCGAUUUCCCUUAUCGCUCACUCGUUCUACUCUGUAUCUCGUCCACAUCUAAAUGUACUGGCUCGAUGAGAGCUUACUCAAAGCACGCAUAUGCCCUCCGAAUAGUCUUCUGAAAUAAUAAGUAAUUCAUACAUCGAUGUGCAAACGGGACUUGAGUACUUCGUGGCCUCCAAGAUACACACAUUUUUCCAAAAUCCAACCAGUAAGGGUAUCAUUAAAGCAGCCGGAUCACUGUUCCUAGUAGGAUUAUUUGAUUGGUAUAAAAACAAAUCUAAUUGCACUUAUUUGUUGCUGUUAAAGACUCGUAUUGCGAAUCAGACCUCAGUUAAACUUCGUUUUCACUCAGCUCACGGGGACCUUCUGGUAACUCAGGUGACAGAACACUCCAUACAGUUUCGAGGGGUGUAUGUUAACUCGAGCCCGUUCAAGAAUGAAAGAUUUCGGAUCCAGUGAAUCUGUGCUUCGCACUGUCUUCAACACCUAAACAAUAAAGCUCACCGACUUACAAACAUCUUUUUCUCCUCCAGACUGUCGGCGGCAAGUGGGUGGACGAGUGUUUUGCAAAGCCACCGCUUAAUGCGUUAAGCUCAUCGAUCGGCACGUUUCCCUCCUCCAUUCAGAGUUCGGCCGAUCCCGAUUUGACCAGAGUGCGGACUGGGUCGAGUGUCGACGAACUGGCACCCAUAUUCGAUGCCUCCCUUUCGCAAACCCAGUUCCCUCUAGCUGCCGAGACCGCAGCCGGCUCAUCCACGAAUGACGAGGCAAGUCUGCGCGAAACCGGUCCUGAAAGUACUUCAGCCCCACCGCCUCCUCCUCCGCCACCCAUACGACUGGGAGGCAAUCCCUGGAAUGCACCCGAUGCGAAGCCGAACAGUGUAGUUGGUGCUGAACAGAAGAAAAGCGGACUUUGA